AUGAGCAAGAUGGCGGACGUAGUUUAUAACGAUCAAGCUCCAGAGCAGGGAAAUCAAGGAACUGAAAAGGCGACGGAGAUAUCCGGAAGCAGUACAGCUCGACUAAUGAUUACAAAAAUAGUUAAUGAAAACUUUAAGUCUUACGCGGGAACGCAAGAAUUGGGGCCAUUUCAUAAGGUUUGUAUAGCCAACCGUGUUUUCUUUGAUUGACUAGUUGUCUUCAUUUCUGAGGCUGAUCAUAAUAUCCUAAGAAUAAAACUCUUUUGCACGAGUAAGGUUAGUUUGUUACUCAGUCAUUCUUUUGAAAUUCUAUUUUUCCUCAGAAUUUCUCUUCCAUUGUUGGCCCCAAUGGAAGCGGAAAAUCGAACGUUAUUGAUGCGAUGUUGUUCGUGUUUGGUUACCGCUCGAAAAUGAUUCGCACAAAGAAAGUUUCACAACUGAUACACAACUCAGAAAACCAUCAAAAUGUCCAGAGCUGCACAGUUGCCGUUCAUUUUCAAAAAAUCAUUGAUAUGGUAAGUUGUGUCACUUUGAACGUAAGUAGUGUUACUCAUUUUCUAACUCUUGUCAUAAAUAUGCAUGGUACAUUGGUAAGUACUAAAACAUGGAACGACCUAAAACCACCUACAACCAUCUACAGCCACUCGCAAACUAUCUAAAACCAUCUAAAAUAAGGCAUAAAUGUCUUAAAUAAGGCGAAACGACAACAUGUCACGUACAUGAAAUACAAGAAUCGAAUAAAAACCUCCACCUCCCCCUGAAAUCUUACUAUCCCUGGUCCCAUGUAUAAUCAACCAUCUCACGAAAUGAAAUGUGAGAGCGUGCCAAUUAUAUUUUUUAUUACCUUAGUAGUAAAAGAGCUAAAGAACUUUACAAAAUGAACUAUAAAAAGACUGAACUAGAAAAAGCCAAGUCAAGUCAGUCUUGACCACAAGUUUGUUAUUUUAUUUUUAUUUUUUACUCUUCAUAGUCAAGACUGACUUGACUUGGCUUUUUCUACCCUGGGUACCAGCUGAUGUUUUGGCUCACGUCUAGAAAAAGUAUGAGUAAGAAUGAUCAUUAGAACUAUUUCAAGCGAACUGUGCAUACCUUUGGAAUCUACCUACGAAUGCCAUCAUGCUGGCAUUCAUACAGCAUGCAUUUGUAUGAGUGGUGCCACUUACACAAUAGGAACUCAUGUUUUGCUCCAAUUACAUUUCCAUUGCUGAGAUUAUAAAUGGAGAAAAACACUACCUUGGACCAUUACGUAAUCAAAUGAAACGUGAGCCAAAACGUCUGCUAGUAAAGUUCUUUAGGUCUUUUACUACUGAGGUAAUAAAAAAUAUGAUUGGCAUGCUCUCGCAGUUCAUUUCGAUUAUACAUGGGACCAGGGAGAGUAAGAUUUCAGGGGGAGGUGAAGGUUUUGUUUGAUUCUCUUAUUUCAUGCACAUGACAUGAUGUCGUUUCGCCUUAUUUAAGACAUUUCUCCCUUGCUUUAGUUGGUACAUUGCAAUUUAUGAAAUCACAAUUACAUAAGCUCAAGCUAAAGAGUAAUUUUUCAAUUGUUGUUGGGCUAGUUAUAUUUUAAAGGGUCUUACUGGACUUUUAGGGCCAGUUAUUUACACAGGGUUUAAGGGUUAUAUAUAAUGAAGCAGUCAAGUUUACUCCUGCAUUUCUCCUAGAUGGAAAAAUGGUCUAUGAGGUUCCUUGGCUCUAUAUUGUGUUACUGGAGACGGGCUAAAUAAUUUUGCCCUAUGAACCAUUGUUUUAAAAUCAGUGUCAGACUUAUUUGUAGUAAAAUCAUGUUAAUAGGGAGGAAGAUUCGUCACGAUUUGCAAAGUUAAAUAGAUAAAAGAACUUAAAACUUUCGGUAGCUGGUAAGAACAAAACAGAGUCACAUAUAAACCCUUUGCUACCCUCUUUUCUACCCAAAGAGCUCAGGAGAAAAAAAUUGUCUAGACCAAAGUAUAACCAAGUAUAAUUAAAUGGUAACUUUGUGACAUUUUGUGGUUGAGUGACGAAACUUUUGAAUAUAUAAAAUCUUGUAAAGUGUACAUUUAUGAGCAUAACUGUCAAAAUAUGCAGCCCUUACAAAAAUACUCUUGUGGAUGUAAGAUUAAGGAAACAGAAGAUUCCAAUGUCAUGCACCCCCAAACUUUUGAAAAAUGUUCAGUUUACAGCUUCAAUCAUAAUUACCUUGUUUUUUAUUUACAGCCUGGAGAUGAUUAUGAAGUUAUAGAAGGAAGUCAAUUUGUUGUGUCUCGCACAGCCCGUAAAGACAAUAGUUCUGACUAUCAUGUUAAUGGUCGUAAAGUUCCUUUCAAGGAGGUGGCAAGACUUCUUAAAGAUUGUGGAAUUGAUUUAGAUCAUAACAGGUUUCUCAUUUUGCAGGUUGGUUUGACUUUUAGAACCAAUGUUCAUAUGUAGAUCCUUACCUACCAUUUAUCACCUAAAGGUCUUCAAGUGAUGAAGAAGUUGUGGUGUGUCAUGAUUUGUUCUUCUGUCAUAAAAGCGUCUUUGUAAAUGAGAAAAGUAUGAUAGUCUGAGUUUAAACCUUCGUCUAAAUCAUCUCCAUCUUGUUCCAGAAAAUUCCCCCCUAGUUAUUGUAAGUAAUUUCUCUUGCACUAAAGUUGAGAGGCUUUUUCCCAUUACACCAGAAAGAAGAAGAAUUUACCAUAGCAUCGCCAUUACUAUCCAUAUUCCACUGACAGCUGACAAUUUUCCACUUUGCUUAGGGUUAGGGUUUACUUUUCUUUUGAAUCCUGCUGAAGGUUUAACAUCAAUAGAAAAAAAUUUUAAAUCUGGAGUGGCAAGAUUGACAAUCUUUUUAUUGUUGAUAUUUUUACCAGUUUCUUGAAUUGAUUCAUCAGGAUUGCUUGGGCCUGUUGAGAAACUCAUUUUUUAUUCUCUUUUUUAAUAUCAACAUAUUUCUUCAAGAGGUAACUUGGUUCCAGGAGGAACAAUCCGAAGCUCUCCUCUGACAAAACCACUCUUUGGUCCAUCUUUCAGAUAGUAGAGUACAUGUGUAUCUCUAUUCACAAGUAUUCUAUUGAUAUUGAAGACCCUCAGAGACCAGAUUUGACCUGUGACUUACCUCUGACUACCUUCCAGCUCACCAGGGGUAUAGAGGUAUCUAACAUUCUUUGAGGAGUCGUGCCUCUUCUCCUUCAGGCCAACUAGUCUUGAAUAAGUCGUUGAACUCUUUGCAUCAACUGACUUGUCUUUGAUUGCAUCAAUAGGUUUCUUUCCUGUCAACCUGGUCACUUCAAUAUUCAAAGCUAAAACAACUUCUGGAAACCUCUGGUUGAUCAGGUUGAUCUCUUUCCCUCUUUGAAGUUCAUCUCUUGACUGUAUUGGAAAGUGAAGAGACACUCACCUAAAGUUUGAUUAAGUCGCUUGAUGAUUCUCUGAUCUCUGUGAAUGUUUACAUUCCUUCUUCUUAUCAUCAUAUCAUGCUUUGUCAUCUCUCUUGUGACAUUACCCAUGAAUUCAUGCCUAGGAUCACCUUGAAGAACUUUUAAACUCCUCAGUGGUCCACAGUUAAAGAUUGUCUGAAAAGCCUUUGAGGUGAGAGGUUCAGCAGUCUUGAAUCUGCUUGUAACAUCAACAACUAUCAAUGCAUACUUGUAGACUUUCUUACCUCUUGGGAGCCUGUCAUGAGGAAGGAAAAGAAGAUCAGCUUGAUGAACCACAUUUGGAGAUUUGACUUCAAAAGUUGGUUGUGAUAUGCUUCAGGGCAGGUAACUAAAUCUGCUAGAUGGCUUGCCUCGUCAGCCAAAGUUAUGCAUCAUCUUUAGAAACUCAGGUUUCUUUAGCCAACUUCUUUGCAGCUGGCAAUCCCUUCCAAAAGCCUUUAGACCAUAAUAAACUCUUGAAUAAACUCUUUUGACGAAGUUUUGCCUCUGUGUCACUGAUCUAGAAUAUUAAGGCUGUCUCAAUGAUUGCACAGACUGCUGCUAACUUAAUUGCAUUCAUUGUAAGUAGGCUGAACUUUUAUAAGAUAGCAAAAUCUUUUGUUCUUCAAGAUAUCUUCUUGUUGCAAAUGAUGCAGUGAUCACAACAGUGAACUUAACAUAGUUCUUAAGAUUUGAACUCAGAUGUCAUAGGUUCCUCGAUGAAUUUCUUUGCAACCCAUCCAAUUCUAGCAGCCAAUCUAGUCAGGGUAGCUGAAUUGGUCAAUGUAUUACAAACAAGCUUAUUAUCAGACCUUUUAUUUGGUUAAAAAAGAAAAUAAAUAAAUCCAUUGACUAUACUCUUACAGGAAGCCCCAAAGGGGUAGGCUGUAGAGUGGUAAGCCUUGAAGGGGCAAGCCUUCGGCCUGACCCCAAAGGGGCAGGUGGCAGAGCGGUAAGCUCUUAACUGAAAACGAUGAUGAUGGUUCUGGUUGUAAUCCUGCCCCCUUACAGCUUGGAUCCUGCAGAUCUUUGGAUUGCUUUGAACCUCCUUUCUUCUUCUUUUCCUCUCUCACUCUUCUGUGGUGUUCAGCAAGUUUUUUGCCACCUGUGACAUGCCCUGGGUCUUUACUUAAUUUUGUUUUAUUUUCAUCAGUUGAAGUCAACUGUUGAGCCUUUACAAGGCCCGAUCAAAGGUUAGCCCCUACGGGCCCUGACCAAAGGUUACCUGGUGCUUCUUCAGUCUUAUAGGCAGAUUCAUAACUCGAGGCCUUUGCAGAUUCAUCAACUCAAGGCCUGACAUAUCUUGUUGGCAUUAGAACUGGUGCAUCAAUAUUUGGAACUGGAUGGUCAAGAAUAUUAGAUAUCAACCCAAUCAAAUCCUUUUUUCUCAAUAUUAAAUCUCUUUUGACCCCUGGUGGUUUAGCCCCAGCUCUUAUAAUUCUGGAACCUUUUUUGUUUUCCAUUUUUAUUUUCAAAAAAUUAUGUUGCUGGUGCAAGAGACAGUGAGAAGACAUUUAAUUCCAACAUCACUGAAGUGGAGGUGAUUGUCAAUGGAAUCCCAAAUAAGGUUUACAGUCAAGGAAUAGAGACAAGAGAUAUGUGGGUAGAGGUCUUCAGAAGAUUUGGAAAGGAAAACAGCAUAAUUAAUGCAUACGACUUUUAUGCUGGAGACAGAUUCACUCUUUCCAUCCAUCUCAGGAGUAUGAGGGACAAUAAUAAUUGGGUGAUAGGCAGUCUGCAGUGGGUAAAAUGGUGGCCAACUUUGACUUUUGGUUGACUAUUGGUUAAUUUCUGAUUGCCUACCAACCGACAAAUAGCGAAUUAACAUUACUGGUUAUCACUCCUUGGUUGAUAUACUGACUGUCACCAGUUACCUUUAGUACACAUAACUUGAUUACUUAAGGACCUUUUGUAUUUCAAGCGCUUGGUUUGACACAUUUUUUGUUUGUUUGUUUCUUUUUUCCUUCAUUCAAAAGUUUUCCUUGCAGAACCAAACUACCCAAAGGCUUCAUUAGUUACACUACUGGCCCUAGUUCUUCAAAGGGUGGCUAACACUAUCCACUAAGUAAAUCUCUAUUGGGUUGAAAGCACAGUAUGUUAUGUUAACACUCAGGCCUUUUUUCCUUGGAAAUACAUGUAUCUAAAUACAUGUUAACAAAGAAAAAAGGGGAGAGACAUCAAUAUUUCAACUUCUGCUUUUAGUGGCUUAAAAACAGUUUUCCUUUAUUUGUUUGUUAGUGUGAUUAUAUAAUUAUUUCAUCAGGGAGAAGUUGAACAAAUUUCCAUGAUGAAGCCAAAAGCACAGUCAGAGCAUGAAGAAGGAAUGCUUGAGUACUUAGAAGACAUCAUAGGAUCAAGUCGUUUCAAGGAGCCAAUAGAACAACUAGCCAAUGAGGUGGAAAGAUUAAAUGAAGCUAGAGGAGAAAAGGUAGAAUAAACGAGGCAAAACAAUUUUUGAUGAUAAUGAUAAUCACAAUAAUAAUAAUAAUUUGUAUUAUUACAUGUACUAUUAUUACAAAUCUUUUUCUUUAAAAUCGGCUUAUACUAUUUUGCAAAAUGAAACAAAACUAAACCAGGUGAGAUAGAACAAAUCUAAAGGAAUAAUUCAGAUAUAUUUUCUAUUAAGGUAAAGAGAACUUUUUGUUCAUUAACAAGAACGAUUUUUAUUCAUUUCACAAAGUAGUAAUUUAAGAAGAGUUACUAUUUUGCAAAAUGGACUAUUUUCACCCUGCAGUAACAACAUGACCUCUUUCGUGUCACAAAAAUACAUUUAGACAUUACAAAUUAUUAUACCACCAAAGAUUUUGGCCUCCUCUUAUUUCUUAAACUGUAUUAAAACAUAUUUUGCAAAAUAGUAAUUUUAGGAGAGUUACUAUUUUGCAAAAUGGACUAUUUUCAUCCUGCAAUGACAACCUGACCUCUUUCAAGUCACAAAUUUCCAUUUAAACAUUACAGGUUAGUAUAUCACUGAAGACUUUGGCCUCUUAUUUCUUAAACCGUGUUAAAAUAUAUUUCGCAAAAUAGUAAUUUUAGGAGAGUUAAUAUUUUGCGAAAUGGACUAUUUUCACCCUGCAAUGACAACGUGACCUCUUUCAUGUCACAAAAAUCCAUUUAAACACUACAAAUUAGUAUAUCAUCGAAGACUUUGGCCUCCUCUUAUUUCUUAAUUAAACCGUGUUAAAACAUAUUUUGCAAAAUAGUUAUUUUAGGAGGGUUACUAUUUUGCGAAAGGGACUAUUUUCACCUUGCGGUGACAACGUGACCUCUUUCAUGUCACAAAAAUACAUUUAAACAUUGCAAAUUAGUAUAUUUUCAAAGAUCUUGGUCACCUCCUCUUUAGCUAUCCAUACAAAAUUAAUUUCACAAAGUAGUAAUGUUAGAGAAAUUACUGUUUUGGGAAAUGGAUUACUUUCACUCAGCAGGCAGUAACUAUGUUGCCAUUCUUGUGUCUCACAAUAUGUACUUGGUUGGAAUUAACUUGACGCACUAAGAUUUUGGCCCCCUCUUAUAUCAUAAACGGUAUCUUAAUACAUCUUGCAAAAUAGUAAUUUUUGGAGAGAUACCAAUUUGUGGAAUGGAAUAUUUUCUAUCCUUCAAUAACAACAAUGUCUUUCUUUUCAGGUCAAAAAUUUACUUUUUAACAUUUCAUUAUGGUAUAUUCCUGAAGAACAUGGUCACCUUAUUUCCUAAACCAUAUUAAAAUAUAUUUGAUUAAGUAGUCAUUUUGGAAGAAUUGCUUUUUUGUGAAGUGAACUAUUGUUACAUUAUAAUGAAAAAUAUUGCCAUUGUAUUGUCAGCAGUACAUAUUUGAAUUCUUAAAAGAUUUACUCCUACAUAUGCUUUAAAAAUUGCAAACUGGAAACCUCAGAAAGUUUAAAAUGCGAUUAAAAUACAGUAGAAUCCCACUAACUCGAACAAGAUCCAAUUUUCCUUGGCCCAAUUUUUCAGUCAUAUACUAUCAUCUAACUCAGACUAUUUUUUGUCUCCCUAGGAAGGGCUAGCUAGGUUCCACUGUAACGACUAAAUAGACUGAUAUUUGUGAUUAUAAAACUGCUGGAUGACUAUUCCACCAUGGAUUUGCUACUGUUCUCCACACAAGACGGAGAGUGUAAACAGUGCACACCCUUCAAAACGCAUGAAAUGCAGUCUUUCAAAUCUCUUGGGAGAACAUGCCCCCUGCCCCCCCCAUAGAAUAUUGCACCUCCGGUGCUAGUCAAUUCACACCUCUGGCCCUUAAAUACACCCCUGCGCAAAACCUGUCUAUAAACUUGCACCUUUUAAAUUCACUAGGUCGUAUCACUCUGUGCUUCUGGUUGCAACUCUAACUCUGGCUCUGUCACAAGUAAAAACCAGCAUUUACCUCUUACUUUCCACUCCCUCUCAUGUCAUUAAUUAGACACAACCUUGGUUUGGGCCUUCAGCGAGGCUCUUUUAACUCAGUUUUGGUGUCACACAAUACACUACUUCAUAGUUGUUGAUUAGGACUAAAUGAACCUGCUAGCCCAAACCUCUUGUUGAACGUUUAUUGAGAUGGAGUUAUUUAUUGGCUUUUACUUAAUCAUUUGAAGAGGAGAAGGAGAAAACACCAUCUUGUUGCUUGGUAGUGAAGGAGUAUAGGCCAUAGCUAACACACUUACAAACAAGGAAAGGUGAGACCUGUAAACCCAUUCUAUCGUUUUCUCAGGUGGCAUUUAAAUCAUUUAUGGUCCAUUUUGCAAAACAGCAAUUCUUCCAAAUUACUACCUCGUGAAAUAUACUAAGAAGACAUUUAUAAAGGUGGAGACAGCUUAGAUCUUUUGGAAUUUGAUAGUGUGUUAAAUUAAAACCUACCAAAAACCUAUUGUAUGACUCAAGAAUGGUAACAUUGUUACCGCUGAGUGAAAAUAGUCUAUUCCGCAAAAUAGUAAUUUUUCUGACAUUAUUACUUUGCAAAAUUAAUUUUAUAUGGAUAGUGAAAGAGGUGACCAAGAUCUUCAAGAAUAUACUGUAAUAAAAUGUUUAAACAUAUUUUUGUGACCCAAAAAACAAAACCUUUAGUGAUAUAUAAAUUUGUAAUGUCCUAAUGUAUUUUUGUGACAUGAAAGAGGUCAAGUUGUCACUACAGGGUGAAAAUAGUCCAUUUCACAAAAUAGUAACUCUUCUUAAAUUACUACUUUACGAAAUAUAUAAAAAUCCUUCUUGUUAAUGAAUGAUUACUCCAAAAUUCUUGAGAAAGUUAUUUCUACCUUAUUAGAAAAUAUAUCUGAAUUAUUCCUUUAGUUUUGUUCUAUCUUACCUGGUUUCGUUUCAUUUCGCAAAAUAGUAUAAGCCUUUAAAAUCAUUAUUAUUUAUUAGAUACAAUUCACACUCAGGGUUAUACAGUAUAUAUCUUUUAGUUACAAUAUGGUGAAAAACUGUCCAACAUAGUGUCUGUUUAGAUUUUGUUGGAAAUAAUUUGGAAAAAAAUGAUACUUUUAGUUUAAUACUGUGCAAUGACUUAUUUCUUUGUGUGGGUGGGGGGGUGUUGCUGCUUUAGACUCACUUUCCUAUGAGACUCUGUUUUCAUAAAAAGGUAGUUUGACUCAGGAUCCUGAGGAAUAGGUUACACAUGUACAUGUAUAGGACAUAAAGCUCUUUGGAAAAUUAUUUCUGCACUUAUUUUUAACAUGAGAUGCUGUUGUGGUGGUAAGUGCAUUAUUGAUAUUUUUUAUAUUAGCCACAAAUAUUUGAUAAGUGUAAACUUUGCUAUUUCUAAUUAUUGUAAUUGAGAGUAAUGUUAAAUUACCUAUUGUAACUGUACUAUGUCUUUAGCUCAACAGAGUCAAAGCUGUAGAAAAAGAGAAAGAUGAGUUAGAGGGAUCCAAGAAUGAAGCACUAGAAUACCUUAAUAUGGAAAACUCCAUUACAAAACAAAGGAACGUGUUAUUCCACAGAUACAUGUAUGUGAUUCAUACAAUGUUUGUAUAAAGUUUAGAUACAGUUGAAGUUCCAACACCAAAAUCCCAUAUCAGCUCCUAUGGUGACAAAAUAUUUAUUCUGUAUUACACAUGCUGUACUAAUAAUGCCCAUUCUAAUUAUAGUAGAGCCUUUAGCAUGUUUGAUUUUAAGUUUUGCUCUGUUUCAUAUUAACAGUCAACAAGAGGAAAUGUGUAAGGCUUUUUUGUAUUUCAGUAAAGGUUAUCUUCAAAAUUUAAGAAAUUCACUGUCAAUCUGGUCUCAAACUGGAUUUGGAUGGCCUUGUAAUCUUUAAUGCCAACAACUUGAAGAUGUUUUGAUGGAUUAUUUGUUGUGAAAUGGACUCGAACAUCACCAAAACAAUUAUUGUUUGAACAGUGUAACAAAAAUUUUCAUGACAACACAUCAGCUAGGUUGCUGUGUAAGGUUUCUCUUUUCUGCAAGAACUACAUGUACUUCUAACAACAAUGUAGCAGUGUUUUGAAAUGUUACAAUAUCAUGUUGCAAAAUUUAUACUUAUGAAAUGAUUUUAUUGAUUUAUAAAGAAUCACGAGACAUCUUGAUUGUCUUUUAAUAAAACAAUUCUUUAAGAUAUAUUCUUGCACUAUUUCAUUUAAGAAACAAUGGUAUCUGAAAAUGAGUAAAGAACUGAACAGAUGUUUCAGAGCAUGAUGUUUCAAUUUAUUUAUGGGUGCAUAUUUGUAUUGAGUGAAAUCCAAGAAAAUAACACUUUGUUACAGUUGAUAUAAUACAAUUAAUUUUUUGUGUUUUUGUAUUUAUCCUUAGAUACGAAUGUGUUUUAAAUGAAGAGAAAGCUAUAGAGAAGAGAGAUGAAAUCAAACAAGGAUUUGAUGAAUUAAAGAAAGAACUUGAUGCUUUUACAGGCAAGAUGAACCCUUUGAAUAAACAUUUGCCAACUGACAAAAAUCAUGUAUUGGUAGUGAUUAAAAUGCUGACUGCAGAAUCAGCUGGAUUAUGCAAACUUCUAACAAGGUAUAAAAGGACAAGAAAAGACCAAAUUAUCAAACUCAAGCUAUUGUCAAACCCUUAUACCAAACCAUUCAUCUUCUGCAAGGAGACUGGGUAAAGAAUGGGAUUUUUCCAAUUUUUUUUUUUCUUGCCAGUGUUUGUUUGUUUUGUUUGUUUUUUCUUCUGUUUGCUUUGUUGCCACUAAUUUUUUUUUAAGGAAAAUAGGUAUUGAAAUUUGUUGUAGGUUGUAAUGAAGUGCUUCAGAAUGCCUUAUAGUGUAAUGGAACAUAUUGUUACAUACUGUUAGAAAACAAUAUCUUAAUUCCAGAGGUAAUGUUAGUAUUUGUAAUUGCUGUUAAAAUGUUAAUGGCAUAAACAAUGUAACAUUGUAAACAUGAAGAAAUAAAAGAGACUGGGAAAUUAAUCUUGUAAAAUGUUUAAUGCUGUAGAUAAGAAGAAAGCACAGAUCAAGGAAUACAAGAAGGCAACAAAGUAAGACAAGUUUAUACAUAAUCCUUACCCUAUAUGUAUAUAAAUAUACCUGUUUUCAAAAAUGUUGCACUAAUGAAAAUAUAUAUUAAAUAUGUCUUGUUUUUUGUCAGAAAGUGUCUAUUUUUGAUGAGAAAAUAAAAGGUAUAUAUUUAAUACACAUUUUCAAAUUUGCAAUGUUUUUUAACAUUAUACACACCUGUGUAUAUAGACAACAUAGCAAAUUUGAAAAUGUAUAUAAAAUAUUUAUGCCUUUUUUUGUAUCACAAAGAGACACAUUUUCACAAGAUAAGAAAAUAUAUAUAAUUUGCAAAAUUUAUGAAAACAGGUGUACAUUUAUCUAUGUAUAUACUGGAAUUUCCUGUCAAUUUUGACGCUAAUGCAAGGGUAUAAAUAAUAAAUUGUGAUAAAAACAACAGAGUUUGUAUGGGCCCUGGAAAACCUUGAAAGUCCUGGAAGUUUAUUUUUUGGCUUAACUCAAGCAACAGAGUUUUCAGAAUUUAUAUUUUAAGAAAUGUGUUUAGACUGUGAGGAGAAUUGAUUUUGAAAUCUUGGGAAUGAAAGACUUUAAGGUGAAGUUUUGAGUCCUGGAAAAAUCAAUCUGAGUUCUGGAAAGUCCUUGAAAUUUUUUUCUGAGAAAGGGUAUGAACCCUUCAAUAAGCUCUCUCUUUUUGGGAAAAAAAUGGGUAAACUUUUUUUCACAGCGCUUUAAAUUGUUGAGGAAUCCGCGGAAGUUAUUAUAAAUAGGGGGAAGUUAUUUACUUGUUUCUACAACUUUUUUAGGAAAUAUGAAGAACUUUUUAAGGUGGCUGAGGAUACCAAGAAGAACUUUUCAGCUUAUGACAGAGAUGACUUAAAACUGCGGGAAGUGAGUACUUUAGCAUUUGAUCAUUUUGAAAAUGUGAUGUAGUCAUCCAUUUGCUUUGAGUCACAUGUUAACACUUUUUUUGCAAUUGUCAUCUUCAGGAAUACAAACAUGCCAAACAAAAUGAAAAGAAGAUGCAGAAAAAUCUUGAGAAAGGAAAAAAGAAGGUAAAGCUUGUGGUUAUUAAUACUUAGUAUAUACUCAAUCAAAAAUCUUGGUGUUUUCAGCAACCUUUCUUUUUCACCAUGGUGUAUAAAUGAAAGUUAUUCACUCCUUACCAAGAGGCAGGAGAUGCAAUGGCCAAACAGCUAUUGUACUGGACUCUGGUAGAUUUGUACACCACACAAGUAUACCACAAAGGCUCAAAAGCAACAUAUUUAAUGUAACACACACAAGAUACAUAACUUGCCCUCUUGCUCUCAGAGUUCCUGCAUGUUUCUGAGACCACUGUCCUGAUUUCCUACAUCCCUUCCUUUCUGGCUUGAAAGUUUUGCACCUUUGGACAGUUGAUAAUCCUGCUAGAUCUCCUUAAUGGCUUCUCAGCUAUUGGUACAGUAGUGGACACAACCUCUGGUGGAACUUCUGCUGCUGGGACAGGAUUCUCUUCUUUAGGAGUUACCACAGUAGUUUUAGGUGCAGCCAGUGUCCUGUGGUGUUGUUUUCUGGUCUUCAUGAACUGGUACAUGAAAUGGCUUCAUGUGUUAAUUAAAGGUUUUGCUUGUACUGGGUGCCCUGUGCUAAACUUAAAGCCACUUGACCCCAAAGUGCAGCAUUACCUCAUACACUUCCUUCUUAUAGAAAGCUGACAACUUGUUUUUUUUUUCUUCUUCUUCUCUGGCAGAGCUGUCUCUCAAGUAACUGUGUCUGUUACGUUUCAGUCUCUAGCCUAAAAUUUAUUAUCAACAAAGUCUGUUAGACUAAUUCUCUGGUUAUUUUGACCAUGGACUCUUUGAUUACUCAUUUUUAUUUCCUUAUCCUCUACAUCAGAGAGCUCAAGCAUUUUAGUGGUAUUUUAUUUCCUUUUGCUGUGAGCUGCCCUCAGUGAUUUCAGCAAAGAACUGUUUUGCCUUUUAUGUCACCAUUUGCUCUUGGCCAUAGAGGUGUUAUGUUACAGCACUCAAUCCCCUUUUCAACAAUCUUCUAUCUCCUUGGAAACAAGGUUAGACUCAUUGUUGGUCCACAUACCACUGGGUAGUUCAUAUCUUGCAAACUGGACAACCAGGCAAUGAAUAAUGGUUUGUUUGGAGGUUUUGAUGACAUUGAUUUCCAUCCACCAGCUCUUAUAGUCAACAAGAACAAAGUGGUAUUCUCAGGACUGUAAUGGGCCCAUUAGAUAGACAGCUUCUUCUCAUGGUUGGUUAGGCAACAUUGUUGGUUUCACUUAUGGUGGUGGAAUAUUCUUUGUGACCAGCUGGCAUCCAUAACACUGUCCAGGCCACCAGACUUUUGUUCUCAGUCUUUCUUUUGUCUUUAUGACUCCUUGGUGUUCUUUUCAUGCCAAGCUGACAACUCUCUUACAAAGAAGUUGGGGUACAAUUCAAUUUUCUUUGUAAAAAUAUUAUGACCAAUGAAAGUUAACUCAUUGCACACAGGUAAUUAUGGCUGAGGAGCAUAGUUACAGUUUCCUUUGAUUGGGCAUUUUUGACUACUUGCAACUUUGGAUCUUGUGCCAAAACCCAUUCAAUCUCUAUGAUCCUCAAUGCAGUUGGAACAGUGUGCAAGACUACCACAUGUACAUAUCCAUCAUUUUUCACUAAGGUAUCUUUGUCAGGUGGGAGAAGGUAUCCACUUUAUUCUUUCUUGAUAGUUGUAGGGUUGAAGAUAGAAAACCUGAUGUGCUAUUGUGGCUGAGGGCUUCCUUGAAUAUGUGACUUUGAGUGCUUCAUGGUCUACUUUUACAUCAAACUUUGGGAGUCCAUACAAGUAAAGGUGAAAGCAUUCACAUGCCGAGCCACUGCUUCCUUUUCAGUUUGGCUGUAAUGGCCCUCUGCUUUUCUUUGACUGGCAAUGCAAACAGCACAACUCUCUCCAUUGUUCCCUUCACCAGAACUGCUUAUAGACCUACUGGACUGACAUUAGCAAUAACUAGGGUGAAUGUGUCCUUGUCAAAGUGUGCUGAUACUAGUGCACUUGCAACUUGACUUUUAAUUUUUCAAAUAACUUCUGCUUUUCACCACAAAUAAUGGCUCUCCUUUCCUUGCUAGUUUCCUUACAGGGUCAGCAGCCUUGUAAAAAUCUGGGAAUAACCGGGUGAAAAAUCCCAGAAUCCCAUAAACUUGGGAUAGUGUCUGUGGCUGAUUUGCUUCCACAACAGCUUUGACUUUCUCCUCAGUUGGCCCAAUUCCAUUCUUACUGAGCAACAGUCCCAUAAACACUCAUCCUGAAUGUGCACCUGUCUGCAUUGACAGUCAGCUACUCAUCAGCAAGUCACUCCAGCACACUGUGUAAAUGCUUGUCAUGUUCAUCCUUCUCAGUCAUGAACAAUGCAGUUGGCUAUUUCAUUGAUGUAACAUUGGUUAAUACCUGCAUCACAAGUGGAGGUUGGGUGCCCAUGGGCCAGGGGGCUGCAACGGCAAUUACACCCCAAGGCAGAAGAACACCCACAGGCCUACAAACCCGCAACCCAGCCAUGAGGCUCCCUGCGCUCAUAUGCUUAGCCCCCCACUAUAGCACCCAUCACACUGAGGCCAGAAGUCCAGUGGAAGUAAAAUGCACAAACCCCUGAAACAAAGGAGAAAAAAAAUCCCGGGAAAGAGGGGAAGACCUUGAAAGGAAAGUAUGAACAAUAUGAAGUUUUGUCCGCCACAUUGGAUUUCGAGACCCAAAACUGUUUACCUUAAGUAGCUCCAGUUACUUAAAACCUUAAAGAAAACCCUGUAUACAUUAAGUAAACCAUUCAUCUGGAACAAAGCAAUGACAUAAACAGUUUUUUUCUUGAAGGAGAGAAGGCUAAGUUGGCAGAAUUUUAGUUCAGCUUUUUUGUCAGAGACAGGUAGCCCUUAGCCUAUCAGGCUUGCCAAAAAGUAAGCACACUUCAACCUUGUGUGGGCAUUUGCUGCAAGUCUUCAUUUCAGUAGACAAUCUCUAAAAUUUCUACAAGAUUUAAUCAGUUGUUGUUAAACAUAAGGCUGUGUGUUUUGUAUACAGUUGGAAGAAUUUAAGAGUAUACCUGAUGAGAAUGCAAAAGAGUUGCAGCAAUUGCAAAAGAAAAAAGACGAUCUUGAGGUAUGUACAUACAUGUAGAUUUACUACUCAUUUGGUAAUUUAACAUUGGAGUAAAGUAUCUAUCAAUUGCUACUGUACCAUGUACAUUGGACCUUUUUUUUUUAAUGCUCUUUCUCAGUUUAACUUGUUGGUGUAAGAUUUCAUUUUGUGGAAAGUAUCAAUGAAAAGUAAUGAAAGUGAAUUUAGCUGAAAAAAGAGAAUGCAGAGAUAGCAGCUUUGAAAAGGUUUAGAUUAACUUGUUCAAAUUUCUAUUUUUUUCAUUUUGAAAGUUGAAAAGAAAGUUGGAAGAAGAGAAACUUGCAGAAGUGAUGGCAGGUCAGUAACUUUUAUCAAAUGUGAUGCAGUUUUAUUUCUUAAGAAGUUUACUACAAAUAUAUGUCUAGUCAACUUCAAUUUGCUAGUUUUGUAGCAAUUGAUAAUUGGCCGUGCAACUGAAUACUUUUUUGUUGUAUUACCUGGAAUUGACACUGAACCUACAGCAAUCGCAUGAACACAGGUUUUCUUUGCUUUGCUAUUGUUAAUUAAAGGUUUGUUGAAUCUAUCACAAACUUGUUUUUAGUUCCUUACAGGUUUUCACUAUAUCAAUAAAACUUAUAAUCAUUAUGGUUACUAUACUGAAUACCAGACCUUGAUGUACAAUUCAGAGCCAUUCAUUUUUAAUGAUGGUUCUCAGUAGCUUUUGAAAAUUGUAUAAUUAUGAUUGCUAUUUGGAUGCUAUUAUUUCAGUGUAUUCUUGUUUUCUUGCAGGCUUAAAGAGUGAAACAGAGGGCCUUCAAACAGAAAAGGAGGUGAGAAACUCAAGAAACUUUGUUUGAAAAUUUAUCAUCUGCCUUUUACCAAAAAGUUAAUAAGGACCAAUAAGUUCAAGCCUAUGUGUGCAGUAAAGAAAAGAUGUGAAAUGCUGUUAUAAUAACCCGCAUAACCAUUUAAGUGUCAAUUGUGAUGUUCAUUGGUCUCCUAUAUCAUCUUCCUCUGCAUAGGCCUUUUUUGUGCAUUCCUCAUCAUGUGAUAGUCCCAUGAACAUGAAUGGUCCACAUUUGUUUUAGUUGACUCUUUUAUUUCUAAUUAUUUGAAAUUUAACCACAAACCACUUGCUCUGAGUACCUGACGCACCUGUGCUCCACAAAGAAUACCUCCAAUCCAUUGUCAUGCUUCACUUAGUACUUAACCAGAGGUAGAUUACCAAGUGAAAAUGGAAUCUUCCACCAAUUACAUGCCCUUUUUAGCAGAUAUAUAAAAUAGCGCCAUUCUGACUGCUCUAUGCGCAAUCUGUUUUGAAUUUCAGACCAUCUCUAUAAAUGAAUUUGGUCAGUAAAAUGGUAUUCAGUAAAGUCACUGUCGGUUCAACUUGCCAACGCCUACUUGCUGACGCAUAAAAUCGAGUAGAGAUGUCGGCAAGUUGGUUUUCAAUCCAGUACAACUUAUUAGAAGAUAGACAUAUAGAAAAGUAAAAGAUAUUUAGUGAAAAAAACAAUUUUGUUUUCUUCCAACAAAGUUUAUAAGGAUCUCAUGGUGAAUAAAGCAAGGUAAACAUCGCCAAUGAAUAUAAAAGCUUCAGACAUGAACGAGUUAUCUCGUUCACGUCUGAAGCUUUUAUAUUCAUUGGCAAUGUUUACCUUGCUUUAUUUGCCAUGAGAUCCUUGAAAACUUUGUUGGAAGAAAACAGAAUUAUUUUUUCAUUAAAUAUCUUUUACUUUUCUGUAUGUGUUUAACUUCUAAUAAGUUGUACUGGAUUGAAAACCAACUUGCCGACAUCUCUACUCGAUUUUAUGCGUCAGCAAGUAGGCGUUGGCAAGUUGAACCAUCGGCGACUUGACCGUAAUUCAGUUAAAUUACCAUUUGUUGUUAUGGUUCUUUUGUUUUUGACACUUGAACAUGCCUUAACUCUUUUGUAAGGUCUUCCAAUGUUUUCUGGAAAAGUGUUCUUAACAACAAAAUAACAUUUCCUUCUGGCAGUUUAUUACCAGUUUCAAUCACCUCUAAAGGCUUGCCUGAACAAGUUUGAAUCAUGAGUUCCAGCUUUCCCCCAAAAUGAUAGCAUUGUGAUUCUUUAGAGAAGUUUCAUGAUAUACCUUAGAAAAAUAUCUCCAUUGGUUUCCCAUUUAUUGCAUGCACUCAACAUUGUGUGUAUAAACAAUUUGGGCCAAAGCAUAUGUGAUUUCUAGUCCAUUUCCCAGUAUUUGCUGUGUUAGUCCUUGGGUGUGGAUUUUUUUAGUGAAUGAGAUGAGUGUGAUUGCCAAGCCUCAUGAUGUGGUAAUCUUAAUGGUGGUGUCAGCUGGACAGUCUUUUGUUCUCUGUACUUUGUUGGACUUAUGAAAUAAAACUAGACCUACUUAUGACUGGUUUAUUGAUUGUGACCAUUCUUACGUAGAUAAUUACUUAAAAACCAUUCAGACAAUAACCUGUCUCCUUUGUAUUAUGUUUCUUUUUUCCUAUCCAUAAACUUGGUGAUAGCAAUGGUUUUUUCAGCUUUUAAGAAGGACAUUGCUGCACUGGGUAUUUUGGUAGACAGCUCUGUGCCUUUUGAAAUUAGGAUUUUUUUUGUUUUAUUUUGUAGGCAAAAGAAACAAAGUUGCUGGACUUAAACAAAAUUGUUAAUGAAGCUAAGUCAAAGGUUUGAAGAGAACUGUUUUAUUUCCUUUGGAUUGAAAUGUGUCAUUGAUUUAUAAAAUAGAAUAUGGGCUCCCAUCUCUCCCUUAAGGAUAAGUUAAGACAUUAUCAACUCAGCCCAAUUUUAUACCAACUGGAGACCAAGGAAGCAGCCUUGUGCAGUGCUUUCAAUAAGACUUUUUGAAGGUUUAACUUAAAUUGACUCAUAGCAAUUCCACAAUAAGACAUUUUGGCCAGUGAGGAGUAUUUUAAGUGGCUAUAGUGUUUGAAUGGUAUUUUCUAGGAAUAUUAUAAUCAUGUUUUCUUCGUUAUCAUUUUUUCAAAAGAACAAACAAAAGUUGUUUUAGUAUUGGUCAAAAAAAGAAUUGGUGCAUAAAACAAGUCUUCAUUCUGUUUUCCAUAGUUUUGAUUUAUUACUGUAACUAUAGAUGGAUGUGGCCAGGAGUGAGCUAGAAAUUUACAAGAAUCAAUAUGAGACUGCCAUGGACCAGGUCAAAGAAGCCACAGAUAAUUUAAACAAUGCUGUAGAGACCAGAUCACAACGAAAGGGGUAAAAGCUCUAAACAUUUGUAAUAUAUGCCAUUUUUGGCCAGUAAUUCUCCUUACUGUCUGCCAUACAAUUCUUAUGAAGUCAUUGCAAGUCUACUAGAUAUUUUAUUCAAAACAUGAGGAAAACAUUGAUGUCUUGAUCACUUAUGGAAGUAAUAAUUACCAAUACAUACAAGCCAAACCCACAAUGUGGAGAUCUGAAUUUUAUUUCACCUUGUGGGAUGCAUUAUCUGUGGUGGAACUGUAUAUUGUUCUAGUACUCAAAUGAUGCACAAGAUAGCAAAAACUGAAAACAUAUUUCAUUUUGUCUGUGACCACAGAGAAAUACAAUCUCUGCAAGAUGAAAUUGCAGAAUUGAGGGAAAGGCUAAAAAAAGCAGAAGCAGAUUUGGCAAAGGCUAUUACAGGAGAAAAGAAAGCAUCUGAUGAGGUUAGUGGUCAUGUAAUUAUAAUGUGGAUAAUGAAAAUGACAGUGAUAAUGAUAAGUAAUGGACCAAGUGGGGUCCAUUCAGUCUGUAAUCAUAGGAGUAAUAACAAAAUCAAAUGAGCCCAAGGGGGAGUCCAAUUUGUCAAUCACAAGUAUGAUUAUGGACAGAAUUGAACAACAAGAAUUCCUGUUACCAAUUAAUCAUAACCAUAAAUUUCUGAAAGAAUAAAUGCAUUUGGGUCAAAUAUAUCCGGUAGAGACAUCAUCUAAAGUUAAAAAAAGUAUCUCCAUUUGGAAGUUCCUCAGUUUUGUUUUAGGAUAAAUGGUUGUUGCUAUGGUUAUUGUGAUUAAUUCUGUGAUUGACUGCUUCAACUGUCCAAUUACAGUUGUUUAAUUACAGCCAACCAUCUGAUUACACUGUCUGAUUUCAACUGUACAGAAUAAUUAGUGAAAAAUAAAGCAGCUAAUGCACUAAUCACAUUUGAGAAAAUUGUAAUGGUUACAAUUAAACUAUAAUAGCAAUAAUUAUAAUAUCAUAGUAAUGAGUACACUGGCAAUAGGGUUAAUUAUAAUAUCACACCAGCUCUCAUUUACAAUGGCCAUUUAAGACAAGAGUUCCAUUGAAAUAGUUUCUUUUUGUUUUCAAGUGGUUCAACAAUCUAAGUCCACCUAUAUAAUAGAUCUUUCGUCUCUUAAACCAGCCUCAUUAUUCUCUUUGCUCAUAAACACAACGUCUUCUGUUUGUUUAAAGAGUCAACUGCACUACACUUGGGAUUGUGCCUUUGCACAUGUAUGCUGCUCCUUUCUUAUAGAACCCACUGUUAGAACCUGAAGCAGCCUUGACAUUAAAAAAAAAAACAAUUGUUUUAAAAUAAUUUUUUUUAGGAAAGCUUUUAGUUUGGUAAUUCAUUCCUUUGAUGUAAAGAUCUUCUAGUUAUGUUUAUUCAAAUUAUUGGUGGUCUUUAUUGUAGAGUAUUUGCAUUAUUGGAUUUCUGUUUGCCCUGUUUUCUACAUAGAAGGAAAGCUAGAGUCAUCUGAUAGAGCUAAGGAAUUUGAACAUAAAAAUCCUUUGUAAAAUCAAAAAGCUAAAAUUACCAUAUGUUUUAGCUUCGUAGCAUAAGAACCAAAGUUGAGGAAGCAAGAAGUUCCUUGCAAGCUUCACAUAGCAGGUGAUUGUUUUAUAAUAAAAUCCAUGAAUAAAAGAAAUUACUUUUCUAGAGAAAAUGUUUUACUCACAGUCUAGCUCCCUCUCUGUGAACAUGAAACAUUGUUUUCUUGGAUGUUUGCACUGAUUCCAUUAGAUCUGACCCACUGGAGUUCUUGUUAAGGAAGUGGAUUCAUGGUUAAGGAUGUUUACUGUAUGAUUGAGGUAUUUCUUCUUCUCUACAACAGAGGACAAGUGUUGGAGGCUCUCAUGCAGCAAAAAGCAUCUGGAAAGAUUCCAGGAAUUUUGGGUCGUCUGGUAAGUGAUCCAACUAGGAAGUUUACUUUGAUUGCUGUCUGCUGCGUUAAUUGAUAUCAAAUCUGAAAUGAAAGGGAUCUUUAUUACAUUUUGUCUGUCUGAAUUAUAAUUAUUCAAUUCCUUGAAUUUCAAAUACAAGUUCUUAUGGCUGCCUUGAGCAAAUGAACAAUUUAAUUAAGACUUGGAUUGUUUAAUUCAUAACUCCUGUAGGGAAAAUUUAAAUAUUGGUGAACAUAGUAGGGGUACUUAAGAGAGUACAAGUGAUUACUUUUGUUCUUUAUGAUAUAUACUGUAGUUUCUCAGUUAUAAGGCACACAGUUUUUCAAGAAAAAUCAGUUGGUUGAUCUUAAUAGAAUGAAAUCGGAUCAUUGAAUAUUUAUUAUUUAAUUUUAGUAAAUAGAAGCAUGUUUCCUAACCAGGAAGGCUAAAAUAAACGAGUAUGUGUUUUGUUUCUCAUUACAGGUGUGAAAUUUUAGCCUUGGUUUUUAUGUAGAUCAUUAAAUGUGUGACUUUUUCACUUUUGUUUACGUUAACAAAAGAGUUUGCAUGCUAGUUGUGUAAGGAUAAUUGUUCUCAGUUCCAUCACUUCCUUUUGUUAACUCUCAGCCUUUUGGUGCAUCUAAUAGCCAAGUAUUAUCACAUAAUUUUCAGUUUGGGAACUUGGCUUGAAUAAGUUGCUAAGUUUGGGGUGCGUCUUAUAACCGAGUGUGCCUUAUAACCGAGAAACUACAGUAAUUACUAUCCCUAUUUUAUAUUCUAUUUUAUUGAUUACCAGUACAUGAUUAAUCAAAUUUUAAAGAAAUGCUGUGAUAGUUAUAAGCAUUUUCUUGACAACUGCAGUUACUGUUAUUUUUUAUAGGGAGAUCUUGGUGCAAUUGAUGAUAAAUAUGAUGUAGCCAUCAGUACAGCAUGUGGAGCAUUAGACAACAUUGUUUGUGACAGUAUUGAUACUGCUCAGAAGUGUAUUACCUUCCUCAAGCACAACAAUAUAGGUUCUGGUACUUUUAUUGGUCUUGACAAGGUACAGCAGUUUCAAUUUUUGAAUUGUUUGUGUAACCUGAUGCCUCUUAUGUCAGGUCUGGAGACUUACUGUAAACUAUGUUCAUGCUAAGCCAUACCAUUUUGUAAAGUCAUGCAAUAUUAUAUAUUCUCUUUGAAAUUCAAGAAGUCCUGCUUUGUAGAUUCAUAACAUAACUGUGUUCAAAAUAUGUAAUAAGAAGAGAACAAUUCAUGUUGUUUUGAUGCUUACAAGGACUGUUUUACUCAUCUCAACAUAAAUCACAAAUUAAACCUAGGGCCACAGUGACUUGUUGAAAAAUAACCUCACUUUGAAGGUUUUAGAUUGAUUUAGAGAUGGCCCCAAUAUUUAUUCACAAACUCUGCCUUAACUUUUACAUUGUUAUGAUUAUGCUUAGGAGUCUGUACUUGAGAUUCUGCUGACAAAAAUAAUUUUUCUCUGACAGUUAUGACAGGUACCCUUUCAGUUUUUUUCAGACACCAAGUUUAAUUUAGCUGAAUUUGACAUUCUCACAAUACAGGUAGAGAAAUGGAGGAAAGAUGCAUCUAAUAAAAUCAAAACGUAAGUUAUGGAUGAUUUAAAGGACAGUGCUUUAGGGAAACUUGAGAAAAACCCUUUUUGGGAAUUUCAAAAAAAUACAUAUAAAUAAAAGGAUAUAUCUCUUAUUAAAUGUUUCAGUGUGUAGUAUUGCUGAUUAUCACAUGACCCAAACAAGUUGCAAUAAGCCAGUCCAAAAAAAUCAGUCUGCCCCCACUCACUGGUAUGGCUUUCUCACAAAAGAAUAAUUUGAGUUUCUUGUUCUGACUGGAAAAAAACAUUAGAAGAGUCUUUUUGGUUGUCCUCCUUAGUGCAGUUUGAUAAUUAAUUGAUAUAUAUGGAGCUCAAGCCAUAUCUGAGGAAGCUAAAUAUUACUGAGGGGUUUAACUCUUCCCCAUGCAUUUCUUCCACCCAAAACUGUAACAGGUUUAAACAUGACAUAGUCACCAUUGAAGAAAUGAUUCUGUAUAUGUAUCAUUGACCCACAGGGAACUGAAAAUGAUCUUUUUUCCUUGAGUCACUUUGCAUUUCACCCUCACAAACCUAAAAGAACAGAAAUGCCCAAACCUAUUAUAAUGUGGAAAAUGUAGGCAGAUGUGCAACUCUUCAGACAUUUCUAACCUUAAAUACAAAUAUUUUUUGUACCCCACAAGCCAUAAUUUCAUGGGGGAAAAAACAUUGAAACUGGUAAAUAUACUUUGGUUUGGUCACAGGCCACAGAAUGUCCCACGCUUAUAUGACUUGGUUCAAGUGAAGAAUGACCAAAUACGCACUGCUUUCUUCUUUGCUCUGAGAAACACCCUUGUUGCUGAUGAUCUGAAACAAGCUACAAACAUAGCCUUUCAGGUAAAAAUACAGGGCUGGUUAUUAAACAAACUUUAGCCAUUGUUUAACAAAACCAUGUUCUAUAUUAUGUGUUGUAUUUAGUGGAAUCUUUUAUCUUUUUUUAUCUUUUAUUUAUUUAUGUGAAUGGUGUCAGGAGAGCAGAAAGUUAGCAGUGGAACAAAAUUCAUUAAAUAAAGACAACCCUCUUGUAGAGAAUGUAUAAGGCCCACUGCUUUUGCAAAACUGUGAUCUGGGUUAGACCUGUUCUAAAUAACCAGCCCACUGUAUUUCCUGUAAUUCUUUACAGACUAUUUGUGAUAAUUUAAUAUGAUUAAUAUGAAAUAAAUGUGUGGUCUAGAUAGAAACAGUUUGAAUACAUUAAAAGUCUCAAUGCUUUGCAAGGCAGAGUUUAUGGAAACAUCAAUGCUCAAGGGAAAACAAAACCACACUUUCUCCUGUGAGAACUGACUUAAUUUUUAGGUAAUUUUGUAUUUUACCCAGGGUAGAAAUUAAUCAAAUAAAUACAGUAGUGUACUAUCAUGUUUUGUGGUUCACCUUAAGUUCCAGCUUACACAUACAACAUUUGACUAAGUGCAUCCUGCUUGAGGCAUUCGGUAAGACAGAUAAACAUGGUUUAUCUAUGUAGGCAUUGUUGACUAAAGAAAUUUUAUGCCAUUAGGGAUCCAACAGAUGGCGUGUAGUGACAUUACAAGGUGAAAUUAUCGACCAGUCAGGUAUAAAGCAUGUUACUUCUUAGUCAUCAUAACAAUACAGAAUAAGGGAGUCUCUAUAACUCUGUUGUUUCUGUUUUGUUUUUUUGCUUUUUUUGUGCUAAAAGAUGUGGGUUUUUCCCUUUCUUUUUUGUUAAAUGAGAAAGAAAAGAAACCUUUUUUUUGUAUUAACAAUGAUGUUGAAGACAAAGAAAAAUUCAAGAAAUGGAAGAUGUUUAAGUUUUUUUUUUCUCUUUAAAAUUCUGAGAUAACUAUCAUUCAUUCCUUUGCAUUGCUUUCACUUCAUGCCCUACACAAAUUAAAGCAAAUUUAUUUCAAGAAAUAUAUUUUAGUGCAACUUCACGGUUCAGUUAAGAAAUUAAAAUACUGCUACAGUGUAUUUUGGCAGUUGCAAGUCACAGACCUGUUGAUAUCUAAAGUGUUUAAGGUUCCUGUUUCCAGUUGUUUUACAAUAAGAUUUUUGUGUCCACUUAAGGCACAAUGAGUGGUGGUGGAAAUAAAGUUGUCAAGGGAAGAAUGGGGUCUUCUAUUGUUUCUGAUGUAAAUCCUAAUCAGCUUAAAGCCAUGGAAAAGACUCUGGAGAAAGAGACCAAGGCAGCUGAGGUAAACAAUUUUCCUUUCCUAAGUAGCAAUUUUAAAAGUUUAACUCCUAAUGAAAUGUAACUCCAUUCUUAGAUUUGAUCAGUCUCUUGGAGACUAAUGAUUGUCUAUUACCCAAAGGGCAGUUCCAUUCAAACCCAAAUCUCCAGAAAUUCUGUUGAAAGGAACAAAAAAUUUCCGCAAACUCAUUUCGAAAAUUCUAUUUAAGCUUUUGAGGUUGUCCAGUUUUCCAGAAAUUAGGAAAUUCUGGAAGUUUUCUGUUCAACUUGGAUUUUCCACUUGGUACAACUUGAUCCUAGUAUUCCUAGUGGUAAGUGUAAAAAAAACCUUGACAAAGCUAAUUUACAAGAUGGUGGCAUGCAGAAAGUUCAGAUCUGCAUGUGAGGUCAAAACAAUCUGCCACAGCCUGAACCAGUUCUUGACUAGCCAUCCUCCACAAGAACAAUAGAAUCUACUUUUCUGGAACAAUGACUGGUCACCAGACAAAUUACCUAUGGGUAUUUGACCAGUUAGCAUUAUUGCUUGCAACAGAAUUUCACAAAUUUCUCUUAUCAUACCAAAAUGUUGCUUGAAUUGGUGGGCAAAUAUCUUGGAAGAUUUUGCUCAAAAUAAUCAUGAAUAUCUUAAUUUUUAAACCCAUUGGACCAUUUUAGUUGGUUGGCCUAUUUUAUCUAAUUAGACCAUUUUAACUGGUUGGACCAUUUUUUCUAUUUAGAGCAUUUUAACCAGUUGGACCAUUUUUUCUAUUUAGAGCAUUUUAACCAGUUGGACCAUUUUAUCUGGUUACCCCACUUUACUAAGUGGACUAUUUUCACAAGUUGGACUAUUGUUUUGAUAAUUUUCACUGACUGGAUCAUUUUUACCAGUUGGACUAUUUUCUUUGGUUGGACCAUUUGUACCUGUUUGACCAUUUUAUAUAGUUAGAUCAUUUUCACCAGCGUGUCCAUUUUAUCAGGUUAGACCAUUAAAAGGGAUAGGCCAUUUAAACCUGUUGGACCAUUUCCUCUAGUUAGACCAUUUACUACUGGCUACACCAUUUUGUCUAGAUGCUUUUUUUAAUGCAUUGGUAAACUCAUAUUCAAAAUCAAGCUACUGUUAUGCAGUUUUAGUUUCAGCAGUUGAAUAUGUGUAAAUCAAGGUAGCCCUUAAUAGAAAGAUAUGCAUGUCUGAGUGCAUAGAUCAUUGCAAUGAGUUACUUUUAUCACACAGUCUCUAACAUAAUUUUUGAUGACAACUGUAGGAGUACAGAGAAGCAAAGAAGAGGCUAGAAGAAAUAGUAGACGAGCUGAAGAAAGAGCUGUCCACUGCAGAACACCAAUUACAGAAAAAUAAUAUGGAGAUCAAGGUAUACUGCAGGUUUUAAUUUUUCUGGUUGUGAUUGCUUACGACAUGUGUUACAGAUGAUAUAAAUUGUAAAAAAGAAGGGUUUAAAAUUGGUUUGCAGGCUGCAGACCCCAACAAUAUCCAAGCACCAAAAAUGUCUAGAAGUGUAAACUGUGGUCUAAAUACAAGCAAUAGCAUGGACAAUCGUUUAAAAAAUACUGUAUUUUUUAUUGCUUCGGUGCGUAUUUACAUACAUGUUAACGUCACUGACUGAAUGUUUCUUUCCUUAGGCUUUGGAUGACCAGGAGGAGAAUUUGAGGCAGCAAAUAGUUCAUCUUAAAAACAAAGUGGUUGAAAGUACUCCGGAUGAAACAAGGCUUAAAGUGCUUGAAGACUCAGUUACAACUCAUGAGAAAGGUCAGUUAAACACCUUCAGUAAUUUGCUUAUCACUGAGCAAACCUUUCAGGUCUCUUUCUUUGUCCCUUAACCCUUUCACUCCCAAGAUCUAAUUAGUAAUUCUCCUUACUAUCUGCCAUACAAUUCUUAUGAUGUUAGUUCAGAGAAUUUGGUAUUGGAUCAACUUAUCAUCCCAUGAUAGACAUUCCUCUCUAUUCUCAUCACUUGCCUGCUUGAUAUUGUAUUGAUAUUGUAAGGAGAAAUUCUGUCUUGAUCACUUGUGGGAGUGAAAGGGUUAAUUAGGCUCACAUUGUUCUCCUUUUCAGGCGGUAACCGGUAACAUUUACCACCUGUAGUACCUCUUAUUACCGGUUAAAAUUUCUUGGAAUUCUUGAAAUUCAACAGGUAAAAGGAUUGCUUUACCGGUUUGAAAAUUUAUUUUACCUGUCAUGCUUAAAAUAAGGGAGAACACUGGGCUCAAUACAUGACAGUCUUAAAAUCAACUGAUGUUAACAAAGGAUCAGUUUUAAAGCCGCUGCUCUCAAAUUGAAAAUAGCAUUUUAACAGAACGUCACGCGGCUCUGCAAUAUCAUAUGCUGUGAAAAAAAAAGUUACCCUCUGUCUUGGUUCUUUAAUUAUUCACAGGAAAAAAUGAAAAAGAAGAUCAUACCUUAAGGUUUUCAUACUUCAAACGCCCAUGACAAACCCAACCCCACCCGUAGUCGCUCCUCACCCCACUCUCUGUUAUAUUUGUUGUCUCUUGCCAUAGUGACCUAUAAGGAAAAUAAAUUUACCAUUUGGCCUCCUUUGUGCAAAUUUUGACUGGCAUUAAGCUAUGAUUUCCAAAACAGCGGUCCAUGCACAAGUCUAAAAUAAAUAGCUAAGGCAGACUUCUAAAUGCGUGUCUAUCGUUAGGAAGAAAAGGUUAAAUUUUCAACUAUUCCAAUACGUAGGGCAUAUGAAAGAAGGAUUUAGAGGAAUACUGAAUCUUGCUUUCAUUUUCUCAUGCAAUAUUUCAACUUUUUACCGCACACGCUUUGUUUCAGUGACGGUAGGCUACAGUGACGAAGGCAAUCAAACAAAUGACAGAACCUUAGAACUCCACUCCAAAAAUUCCAGACACUUAAGUGCUGCCUGCGAUAAACUUAGACCUGCCGUCAUUACAGAUAUCUUGUGUAGCUCUGGAGAGUGUAAACUAGCACAAAGUGGGAAAAAGCUUGAAAAAAACAAGCUAUAGAAGUCUAGGAAGAAAUUUCGGUUCUCCUGAAAAUAGGCUGUACGAGGCAUUCAAUUAAUAGGGUGCGAAAUAGCAAACGGUGCGAUUGUACCGAGGAGGCAUGGGUCGCGACUCGAUCCAAUUCCUCCUCCUUUUCAUUACUCUACCACCACUAUGGCUGUCUGCCACUGUGUUGGGCUUCGUUCUACAAACUGAACGCUUGAAACAGGCGAUCCAUAUUAAAGCCGGGUUUACAUGCGCCACCGUUUGAUCGCUGUGUUGAUUUCCGGGAUUUGAAAUUGAAAAGCAUGCAACUGAUAAAUGGCCAAUGAGACUGAAAUUGAUCCGGAAGUCGCGGCACUUUUUGAAGAUUCAGGGGAUGAAGGAAGCUUCGAUGGGUUCAAUGAAUUAGAUAGGGCAGGUUUGAAUUUAGAUAAUGAUUCAGACUUAGAUUUAGAUGACCUAGAAACUGAAGAAGAUGACACAGAUACCGAAGAAGAAGAGGCUUGCUGGACUGACCAGCUCGUCGAUCUCCAAGUUCCUGAGUUCGUGGCAGCUACUGGCAUUAAUUUAGUCUUAAAUAAUCCUAAUGAACUGGAUAUAUUUUUAGCUUUUAUCGCGGAUGAUUUGUGGGAUAAAAUGGUUGAGGAAAGUAAUCGUUAUGCGCACCAAAAGCUUGACAAUCGAUCGGAAAAUUUUCGCGCCAUAACGCGAGCAGAAAUGAAGGCAUUCAUUGGAAUUAACAUAAUUAUGGGUAUUGAUAAGCUCCCAGCCUAUGCUCUUUACUGGUCAACCGAUGAAUUUUUUGGAAAUCCAGGAAUUAAGAGGGUCAUGGCUAAGAAUAGAUUUGAACAAUUAAGUUGCUAUUUACAUUUUAAUGAUUCAAGCAAAGAGCCCGCUAGGGGUACAAGAGAUUACGAUCGCCUUUUCAAAGUUCGAACCGUUUUAGAUUAUGUUCUUGCUAAAUGUAGUGGGAAUUUCCUGCCCACUAAGAACAUUUCUGUAGAUGAGGGUAUGGUUGGUUUUCGAGGGAGGUUAUCUUUCAAGCAGUACAUGCCGGCAAAGCCAACUAAGUAUGGUAUUAAAGUUUGGAUGGCUGCUGAUUCUAGUAAUGGCUAUGUGCUGAAUUUUGAUGUGUACUUAGGGAAGGAACCAAACCAGCGGCCAAGAAUUUAUGGCUUAGGGUACGAUGUGGUGACAAGUAUGAUAAGGCCUUUCAUGAAUAAGAACCAUCAUGUCUACUUUGACAAUUUUUUCAGCUCAGUUAAGUUAUUAGAACAUUUAGCAAGUAAUGAUACUUAUGCUUGCGCCACUGUAAGAUCUAAUCGUAAGGACUUACCUCCAUGUGCAAAGGAUAAAUUGGGCCAAGGGCAGAAGCUAGUUCACCAAAAGGGAAAUGUUGUUUUUACUAGGUGGCAUGACAAGAGAGAUGUUAGUAUAAUUUCCUCUAAUUGUAGUCCUUUAGCCAUAGAUUUAGUAGUAAACAAACAAAAUCAGCAGAUUUCUAAGCCAGCAGUAGUUGAUCAUUACAAUAAGCACAUGGGAGGUGUUGAUUUUGCAGAUCAAUUACGCAGCUAUUACUCAAUAGGCCGUUCCUCUUAUACAUGGUAUAAGUAUUUGUUUUGGUUUUUAAUUGAUAUUUCAAUAUGCAAUUCUUUCAUUCUGUAUAAUCAUCAUAGGCGAGAGCAUGGGCAAGGUAAAGUAAAACAGCUAAAUUUUAGGAUGAAUCUUGCAAAGCAAUUGAUAGGGGGGGUUACUACAACAGGCUCUGUAGGUCAUUCUGCUAAGCGCCGUAAGAUUGAGAAUUUGUCUCUCCAGUCAGGAAAUGCAGGAUUUCAUUUUAUAGUUAAAAUUGAUGGUAGGAAGAAAGUUUGUGUUCAAUGCAAGAAGUUGGGUAGAAAGACAGUGUCAGGUCGAUCGAUAGAGACCUCAUUUCAGUGCUUACAAUGUAGCAUAGCCCUUUGUAAAACUUGCUUUCAAGCUUUUCAUUCAAACUGAAAUUUCAAACCCUGAGUCAAUUGCCAUAGAAUAAGUGUCCAAAAGAAGAGGAAAUAAACAAACACAGAAUACAAACACAGUAUACUGUCAAUUGCAUCUUCCUUUUCACAUAUGUGAUGAAAGUAUAUCCUGUUGGCCUAUUAGGUGUCAAUGUUUUGACAGCAAAACUUCAAAGUUUUUUCUUCCAGUUGUAGCGCUAUUCAGUUAUUGCUGCUUCAAGGGGUUAUCUUUUAAAGAUGAAAUAGAGGAAAAGAAUCAUGUCUGAUCACAGAACUACUGAUGAGUUUUUGGCCAAAGUAGAAAACACAAGGUCUUGAAAAGAAGAUAUAGAGACACUUAAUAUGUUGUUUGACAGAUUCAGAGCUUCACUUUUCAUCUCACUGUGUAGUGUGAUGAUGUGGUAAACCACCUUCACUGUGCUAACUGUGCUCACUUGAUUUCUUAAGUGGUAGGCCACACUUGAAAUUUCUACCUUGUUUGUGUACUGUAAAUGCCAUUGCCCACCAUCAUCAACACGUGCAAAAACUAUUUCAAUAAGGCCAGCAAUCCAAACCUUCACCCAAAUGGGUGGGAAACUUUGGAGUUUUACAGUCAAAACAAGUGUGAACAUUAGGCUAACAGAACAUAUUUUUAUUACCUACCUGGAAAAUUAGAUAUAAUUAGCAGUAACUAUAACUGAGCCUGGGGUUCUUGUUUUGACCUUUCUGUGUGUGAUGCAAAGCUGAAAGAAAAUUUUAAAAAUUACUUCAUGUAAGGCAAAAAAUGACAUUACUCACAAUGUGUUUAUCAGAUUUAAAUUAUGUAUUAGCUAACAUGACUUGGAAAUGAUAAUGUAAGCACAAAAAUGUUAGGAAUGUGUAACCAUGUCCAUAAUUAGUCAUAAUGUCCAGUCGUGGCAUCAGCAUGUUUGGGGUAAUUGGAAUGCAAAGGCGAAAGAUUACAAUCAAACCCUGUCCAUUUGAUCUUGAGCUUCAACUAUGUGCUUUGGCAAGAGACAAACACUUGCUAAGUGGGAAGUGGGAAUGUUUCGCAAGCAGUUAAGAGAAUUUGGUGAGUGAAAAUUCUCUUUUUUCAACCUGUAUGGUGACUCUUUGAAAAAAGUUUCAGUAUGCAACAGUUUUUAAGUUGGAAUUAAUCUUGCCAAAUAUAAGGCUUUAUAAGAAAAGCCUCUAGCUCAUGAUCAUGCUUUUUCCUUUUUUUGUCUUUUUGCAUUUUUCUGUGAUAACAUUAUGGUUAUUUUAGCACUCACAUAACAUGAUCCUAAGUGGGAAAAACUUCAGGAAAGAUGGGAAUGAUGCAUGCAAAAUCUCAGGUGUCAAAGGGUUUAUACACAGGCAUUGUUUUCAAGGUUUGCUUUCAAUGUCUAACUAACAUUACAGAGGUACUUGUACUGCAUGAUUCAGUCAGUUUUCUUUUCUUUUUUGUCUUUGAAUUUUACUGCUAAUCAUGCUUGAGACCAAAAUUAAAGUAGCCUGUGUACAGGUAAGGUUAUUACACAGAGAAUAUUUUAACAGGUAGUACUGGAAAAUGCUUGCCAGUUGAAUACUUAGAUUGCAGCUAUUUCUUUAUCUGUUGAAGAAUGGCGAACAGCAGUGUCAUCAUCAACUAGAAUAGAAACAGAAGUACAGAAGUGAGUAUCUUGCUAGACUGUUCAGAUAAUGAUUUAUUCUCACAAUCCUGGUGUUCCAUAUUUGUUAGAAAUGUUUAUCCUGGGUUUCUUAGCCUCUAGCAAUUAGGAUUAUUGCUUGUCAAUCUUGAUGGGAUACUAUAGAUACUGCAUUACAUUUGGUAUCCAUAUUUGGCAUAUUGGCUUGUCUUUGGUGCUAGAGAGAGGCAUUGUAAGAGUAUCUGUAAAGAACACAAAGCAGUGCUUCCCCUUAGGAGACCAACAGGACCAACCAUUUGUUAACACAUUUUAUACCUCCAAUAUCUAUUGUCGUGACAUUGUAUUUUAUAGACUUCACAAACAAAUUAUGGAGAUUGGUGGUUCAAAGCUCAAGAUGCAACAGGUCUGUGAUAUACUCUCUACAAUAACAAUAAGUAGAUGUCUGACAUUUUGAUCACUGUGAAUAGAUCUAUUUUACAGAAAAUGGGAUGUAUAGUAAUGGUUGUGUUAAUCUCUCAUUAUACUGUCACUGUUAACUGAAUUAUAACAGUAAGAACCAAAUAAGCUAUAUAUGGGCUUAUGUAAUGUUCUAUGAAAGUUUGGAUAACUGCAGAAACCAUGCGCAAGUGAAAUUUGGAACCUUUUAAUAAGAAAAUGUACAAGUAGUUUAUUGGAUUAUUUGUAUUUUGUAUUGUCAACAAAAUCACUUACCGUUGCUACCUAUGUUAUUGUCACUGCCCAUUGCCCAAAACACUUUUCAGUGGUUUUGAAAAGGCUUUUAAGUGCACUUUCAAUUUGUCAUUUUGUAUUGUAAUCAUGUCAGAGAAGCCAAGUUUAAUGUUUUUAGAAAAAUGUUUUGUUUGCCUUAAAAAGCUGGAGUCUUUAUGGGGUGCAAUGUGGAAAUGCUGUAAAGCACCCCAAAGAAUUAUUGUGGAAACAUCAUUGUAUACCUGCUGAUGAAGGACUAACUCUUGAAACAUCAGCUUAGAAAUUAUUUACCAUGGCAUAUCUACAUUAUCAAUUUAGUUGAUAAAACCAAAGAGACCCAGUGAAAUGAAUUCAGGUGAUCAUCCUGCAUUUCCAGCUUAGUAGGAGUUUCAACCCUUGAUUAGUUUCUGCCCAAUAAUAACAAUUCCCAGUUAUGAGAAUGUUAACUCAACUCAAUUAAAUUUUAAUUUAAACUUGUCUGUGAGUUAUUCUUCAAUUCAAUAGUUGAAAAAUAUGAAUACCAACAUUUAUUAGGAUAGGGUGGAUGUAUUGACCAAUGCUGUAGAUGAAGUAGUUGGACAAAUGACCAAAGCAAAUGUUGCUAUCAAGACUUGUCACAGGUAUGUAAAGUAGGAUAACAAACUGUUUAUUAAAUGGAAUGCUGCAUUUAAUAAUGUUUCCAAGUCUUAAAUGGCACUUGUAGAUUCAAAAUAAUAAAUCAGCAUUUCUUUUUUGUUUAAUCAUUUUAAUCAAUGUGAUUGGCUUUUUGACUAUAAUACAAUUGAAGUAUUUCAUUGCCUGGGCACUACAAGACUCAAAAUUUCUAUUCUCCUGCUCAAAUCUAUCUCAAUGCGCAGUGCACUUACUCAUUAGAAAUCAAUUUGAAAACUUAAAGAGAAAUUCAUAAGUCAUACUAUAUCUAUGGGAUGGAAACUGGUACAACAGUGGUCUUCUUUUAAUCUCUUUUCUAAUAUUUGAAUGUAAAUAGGAACACGAGAAAGGCUGAGGGUACAGUUGAGUCACUCGAGAGAGAAAUUGGAGAAAACUCUGCCAACAUCCAGAAGUUAGAGGUAUACUUCUCACUUUGAUAGGACCCAAAACAAGAUUUCUUAAGUUUAGGCAGCUUCUGAUGGAUUAGAUUUCCUUAUUUUGGCUUUUGUUGCAGCUCUUUUAAUAUUUGUUCUAAAGAACAACUGUAUUUACCUACAUGCUUGCAUAAAUAUUUAAACACAGUUCUCUUAGGUUUACUCCAGUGGCAUUAAAAAAACUUAUUACAGGGUGCAUACCCAACCAAGAAAACCAAGAAAUGUCUGGAAAUUUUUUAAUGAAAUUUUCCUCCUGGAAAGUUCUAUAGAAUCUUGAAUCUGGUUUUAACUCGAACUUAUUGAAUUUUUUAUCCUCACUAGUCAUCUCGAUAUUGUAAGGGGAAGUCUAAUGCCUCUCAGGAGUUAAAGGGUUAAUGUAAGCCUUUGGAGUCAUGGAAAAAUCAAUCUAAGUCCUGGAAAGGUCCAGGAAAAUUGCCUCUGAAAAAGCUUUGAACCUUGUCAUUUCUAAUUGGAAAAAUGGCUAAAACUCUAUUUGGUAACCUUUGUUUUUGUAAACAGAAGUAUACCUUAACCAGCUGAUUGAUUUUGUAUUUAGAUACUUCACUUGUGGUUUUAACUUAUUUUGCUUUCUACUUCGUCUUUCUUCUGUCUUCAUUUUACACUCUUUCUAUCUUGUUUCAUGUGCCAUGGAGAAUGAAACAGAAUCAAAAUCAAAUCAAAAAAGGGUUUGAUUAAGUAAUACGAAUUAUGGUCAACUCGCCAACGGUCCAACUCGCCAACGUAUAAAAUUGAGUAGAGACGUCGGUGAGUUGGUCCUCAAUCCAAUACAACUUAUUAGAAGUUAAACAUACAGAAAAGUAAACAAUAUUUAGUAAAAAAAACACUGAACAUUGGUGAACAUGAAACAGAAGCUUAAACAUUGGUGAACAUGGGUGAACAUUGUAAUAACACAGCGAUCCACACGUUCAAGCGGUUACUGAACAGACAUUUUAAUCUCUAUCAAGUGCCUCGAAGGUACAAACGAAACUGAAUAUAUAAUGAGUCUAGCAGCACGUACAAAUGAAAUUCAACACAGGGCGUGAAAAUUACAAUAUUAUAACAAACAUCACCAAUGACUAUAACAGCUUAAGACGCAAACAAGUUAUUGUGUGACAACAACACCAUAAAGACUCAUCAUGUCAAUCGCUCAGAUUUUUUAAAGAAAACUUGGCUUUCUAGACAAGAUCUUUAGUAAAAAGCCAUUCUUUUUAUUUGCAACAAAGUUUAUAAGGAUCUCAAGGCGAAUAGAGCGAAGUAAACAUCACCAAUGACUCUAACAGCUUCAGAUGCGAACGAGUUAUUGUGUGACAACAACACUGUAAAAACUCAUCAUGACAAUCGGUCAGAUUUUUUAAGAAAAAUUGGCUUUCUAGAUAAGAUCUUUAGUAAAAAGCAAUUCUUUUUAUUUGCAACAAAGUUUAUAAGGAUCUCAUGUCAAUUGGUCUUAUUUAUUUAAGUCAAGUUGCUUGGUAAAAAGUCAACGCACAAACUGUGUUGUUGUCACACAAUAUAUCUCGUUCGCGUCUGAAGCGGAUAUAGUCAUUGGCAAUGUUUACUUUGCUUUAAUCGCCGUGAGAUCCUUAUAAACUUUCUUGCAAAUAAAAAGAAGUGCUUUUUUUGUUCGCGUCUGAAGCGGAUAUAGUCAUUGGCGAUGUUUACUUUGCUUUAUUCGCCUUGAGAUCCUUAUAAACUUUGUUGCAAAUAAAAAGAAUGGCUUUUUACUAAAGAUCUUGUCUAGAAAGCCAAGUUUUCUUUAAAAAAUCUGAGCAAUUGACAUGAUGAGUCUUUACAGUGUUGUUGUUGCACAAUAACUCGUUCGCGUCUUAAGCUGUUAUAGUCAUUGGUGAUGUUCACCCAUGUUCACCAAUGUUUAAGCUUCUGUUUGAUGUUCGCCUAUUUUUUUUUUUUACUAAAGAUAGUUUACUUUUCUGUAUGUUUAACUUCUGAUAAGUUGUAUUGGAUUGAGGACCAACUCACCGACGUCUCUGCUCGAUUUUAUACGUCGGUGAGUUGACUGGAUACCAGUAAUACCUCUGAUGUUAUGUUCUCUGUCUGCCUUCAUUUUUAGGAAGAUUUCAAGACACUGGAGGAAAAAGCCACUAAAGUGUUAGAGGACUAUGAAAAGGCUCAGGUCAGCACAAAUUUAACUUGCAUUUGUUCUUUAGCCAAAAGUGAUGAGGACCAAGUUGUUUGGACUUGAUGAUUUAAUUCACAUUUCAUGGUCAAGAGAAGUUUAUGCAAAAUCAGUCUACAGUUUUUUUUUUUAAAUAAACCUUUUCAUAAGUCAUAUUUUAAGCCUCUCAAUUUGUUCAAAAUCAACAUGCAUUAAGUCAGGUACUGCUAUGUGACUCUCAAAUGCAAUGAAUUAAGUUAACAGUGUCUCUCAGUCAUCAUCUUUAACAUAAAUUUUGAGUUAGAUUGUUUUAACAACUUAUGUAUAGUUAGAUUAUUCCACUUAUUUACAGAAAGGAAAACUUUUUUCAAUGGAAAUUUAAAGAAAACAGAACCAGAUGUUACUGGACCAAAUAAGUUUAUGGUUUUAACAAUAAGGCUUUGUUCCAGAACUUACAUCAUGCCUGAGUUAAAAGACAUGGGCUAAAUACUAAACAUUUUCUAAACAUUUUUGUGGAAACUAAUAAGCAUAAAUGCAGCUUAUAAGUUGGAUUUAUCAAAGGGUUAACAAGGUUAUUUGGUACUAUCAACUGAAUUGAUAAUGUAAAGUAACCAUUGUAAAGAGUUUUACAGCUGACUUUUCAAGUGUUAGACCUUUGUAGGAGCAAAUGGAGGAAUUGUGGGUUGCGUGUGUUUAUAUGAAGAAAAUGGAGCUAUGCUAUUGGUGGGAAUAUUGUGGCAAGAAAACAAGAAUAAAUAAGUUUAACUAUAAGAGCUGGUUGAUACCUUGGGGACAAAGGGUGCUGAUUUGAAAGAUAAAUUUUUGUUCUAGAGGUCUGCUGCUUUCUGAACUGCCUAGAUGUAGGGAAAGGCUGCAAACUGCAGUGCACUGCUUAGAAUGAUUGGGGAGAUUUAAGUGUCUAGCCACUGGUUUAGAUGUGUCCUUUACAUUUCUUUCUAUGUUGUGAAGUUAUUCUUGGAAUUGGUCACCUGGUCAUCUUCCUGUUUCACCAAUGUACAACUUUUUGCCAUAAGUUAUGCAAUAUAUGACAUUGGUAGCAGUGCAUGUGAAGUGAUCAAUGAUCUUAAUGGAUCUCUUGGGUUCUGACAUUUUCUCUACAUUAUAAAUGGAGGGACAAGUUUUGCAUUGUGAGUGAGUGCAUCUGAAAGUUCCACACUUUUUUUUUAGAUACUUACCCCCUUAACUCAUGUAUCAAAAGUUUGCAAAGAUUGGCAGUGUAGUCAAUGCAGUCUUGAUCUGUGAAUUUAUUAUUGAGAUCAGUAAACCUUUGAGUUUUAUUUUAUUGUCUGUCCAAAAAUCUUAAGUGUACCAUAAAUUAGGAAAUAACACAAAACCCCAAUAUUCAAGACAAAUUUGUUAGUUUAAAGAAACAAGAUUCAAAGAGUGUCAAUGUGCAAUUUAAGAAUUUUCCUACAAUUACUAUAGGUUGACUGAUCCUUGAUAAUUAUCAAAAACUUCCCUUUCUGCAGUGGAAUAGAGAAAUGUCAUUCUAGAAGUAAGAAAUAUGUCAUGGUAAACAUUAUAUUUAAGGAUUAUGCAGAAUAUUUAUUUGCCAUAUCUUUUGCAUCAGUACCUUUGCUGGUGCCUUCAAUAAGAGUGUGGACUGACCAACACUCUUGUAGCAUAAUUGCUGGAGUGCAUGUUUAAUCAUUGACUUUCCCCUUAAUAAGCUAUCCUACAUCAUUCUUCUAAUUAAUUUACUAAUCUAAACUGGUGUUUUGUUUUUGUUCUAAGGCAUCAACAGUCUAACUCUUUCAGUUCUUGGUUACAACUGAACAGUUCAUCCAAUGUUUGUCACUAAGUCUGAUAUUCUUAAGCUUAAUUGGAAUUCCCAAGUCUGGAAUUUUGCCUCUACUAGGUUACUAUUAAGCCUUUUAACUUUUUUAAAGUCUGGUAAACCUUUUUGCCUCUGCAGGGUUCUGGCCCAAAGGUCACAACCCAAGGGGGCACUAUAGAGGCCACCACUUAUAGGGAGAAGUAAGAAAUGACACAUGAGUUGGUAGAAAAAAUCUCAAUUUGCUCUUAAUGCGGCUUGCAAUGUAUCUGCAAAAUACAUGGGUGGUUUAUGGUCAAGUCAUGGAAGUCAUCUUACCCAAAGUCGUGUUGCCCAGAAUAUGGGCCAUGUCACCUGAGAUAAAAAUCAAGUUGCCAGAUUUUUUUUAUCAUUUGUAAAAACAUCAAAAUGGCAUUAUUUUAGAAGCUGCUGAGGGUACCAACUGAACAAAACACCCUCUUGGUGUAUAUACCUAUGUGACCAAUCCUUCAGUGGUAAAAUGUCACUGUAAAUGCAACCUGAUUCAAAUUUUCAGCGGAUUUAUAUAACCAACAUAAACAAUGUUUAUUUAAUUCAACCUACAAUCUGAAAGAGUACUACAAAAGCAUCAGAACUGUCCUUGUAAUCACAAAUAUCUUAAUUUGUUUCAUUAACUAAACGAAUCAAUACAAUACAUGUAGUGAUGCAAAGCAAAGCAAGUGAAACAAAUUAAUCACAUUCUUCUAAACAAAGAAAAACGUGAACUUUUCUUCAGCAAAUGCAAAAGAAACAGAAAAUAAUUCACCAAGCCCAAAAUAUGCAGAAUGCAAAGGGAUACCAAACAUAUAAAACAAAGAAAGCACACAACAUAAGAAUAAUUAACAUAAACUACCAAACAAGCAAUGCAAGGCUACACUUUUUUGUCAUAGAAACAAUGCUCCACUUUAAAAUUAAAAAAGGAAAAAUUUAGAGUUGUCAUUCGAACAUAUUUCAAUUCUGACUAUAUGCAUGAUCAAUUUCUGUGUAGUCAAAGUCUUCAUGGUGUUGUUAGAAACUGACACUACUUGAAUGGAAAAGUUUCUUGAGUUUAUGAAAUGUGCAUAUGAGGCAAGUACAUACCAAACAAACAAGGCCUCAUUCUGUCAUUAAAAACGAACAGUGCUUUUUACUUUCUUUGGGUGACUUGACUUUUUAUUUCUGGUGACAUGAAUCAGGUUUUGGACAACAUGACUUGAGGUGAGAUGACUUCUGGUUGACUUGAACAGUUACUGGGUGUGUUGUAAAUCCUUGAGUGCCACAUUUGUUGACAUCAAAUCAAUCACCUGAUGACUUAAACUUCAUGGCUUGUGUUUUGCAUCACAUUGUAAACAAUCAAAACAAUUAACAAGAACUCAAUUUUUUCCAGCCAAUGAUGCUUUGUAUAACUCAAUUUAGUAACACACUCAUCAUGUCAUAGAGGGAAACCCAAGUGAAGGCCACUGCAGUCUCUUGUUUUUUCCUCGGCCUUCUUUCAUCAGAUAUAAGUCUCUAUUUAGGAAACUUGCUUGUUUCCGACUUACACAUUAGUUAGGAAUUUUUUUGGCAUCUUUCACAAGUAAGACUAAGUGAAGACUUUUUAGUAGCAAUACGGUUCACUGCUGCCAAAUACAGAGGUUACUGCUGGAAAGAAGGAUUCUCAAAUUAUUUACAUUCUUUUCAAAGCACACUAUUAUUCUUAGUCAGCUAAAUAAUAUUUUUAAAGUGUUUCAAGAACAGAUGAACCCAGGCACCAGUGUUGACAUAAGAUAACUGAAUAAAAUCAAUCAGCCCAUGACUUUAACUGUUUCCACAGCUCAUACUAUAAAACAUAGCUAUGUGUAGCAUGCAAAAGUUUUUUUUCUUGGCUGGGUGAGUUGAGAUGGGAUACUUUACAUUCCUGAUGUUUUCAUUUUUGUAACAGAAAAAGAGCAUGACCUUAAGAAUUAAAAUAUCACAUUACUUCACCUUAAGGAAAAGGAGAAAAAAACAAAUUUAUUUGUACUCACAUAGGUAUUUUGUGGUCUAUUGUCUCCACUGUCUUAAUACUUCUAAGUGAAAAUAAAAUGCACCAGUGCCACACUUGCUGUUUUCUCCAUUGCAGCUGUUGUUUGGUCUUGUCACACAAUGCCAUCUAUUCCCCAUUGGAGAGAGAGCAUGAUGCAUGACAAGGCCAAGUAAGGGUUGCAAAAGGGACUAUGCUUAUUGUUCCUCUAACAGAGAGAAAAUCAAAAUUAAUCACCUCCAAAAUAUAAUUCCAUGCACUUUUACAAUUGAAAGUGAAUUGAAACUGUUGUGUCUCCAAUAUACCCUAACCAAAUAUAUAUUGCAAUCUCGAAUAGUUGUAGAUACAAUGCACAGGAAAAAAGGAUAAUAUUUUAAAGAGGGUUCCUUGAUUGGUUGUCACCUAACUGGACUUUGCCCUCUGUGUGUGAAAUUUGUGAUAAAAUGCAGGUUGUUUACAAGGAAUCAACAUGCAAUUGGGUUAAGUCCAAGGUAGCUAAAAGAAAAUUUUAUUUGUAGAAAAAUUUCAAACACAGGAGAAUUAAAUGGAAAAUUCACUAUCAGUAGCUUUUAGUUUCAUGUGAAUCUUUUUCAGUGGGGUUGGACAAUGUAGUUAGAAUUCAUGAUAAAAUGCAGGUUGUUUUCAAGGAAAUGACAUGGAGGGAAGGCUAAUGUGGCAAAAUGAAAUUUGAUCAGUGGAAUACAAUUUAAGCAAGAGGAAAAUUGGCUAAUGUUCAUGUAGCACAUUGAUUGGGAUAUUCUGAUUGGACUUUGGAUGUUUCAUGGUAUGUGAUGGAAUGUAAGUUGUUAAGCAUGUGUGUUGUGAGUAAAGGAGUGAAAAAGACACCUUUUAACAUAGAAAUGAUACAAAAAGUGAAAUGUAAACCUAGCUUUCACAUCCUGAUAAAUCUCAACCUUGGUUGAUGAGGUUCUCAUAAGGGCCACAAAUGAGCCCAAAAUUUCUUGUUAAUAUCAUUCUUUGUGUACAGCCCCUAUUGCAAGAUAUCCAAAUGCUGUGAUAUGAUUGGUGCGAGAUACAUACCCUUAUGCAGCAAUCUGAUCGGUGUACGAUAAAUACCCUAAUGUGGCAAUCUGAUUGGUGUAAGCAACAUACCACUCUACACACUAACAUAAAGUUUUGUUUUUUUUUUUGGUAAAAAGAAAAAUACAAUAGUAUUUGGUUUAACCUUAACCCGAUUUUUUAUUUUUUUUUUUUCAUCCAAUGAUUCUUCAUAUAAAUUCUAUAAAGAAGUUUUUAGAUAAAACUUUAAAUGAUAAAAAAGGUCAGGGGCAGUUUUUGUGACAAUUAUAACUAUUAUUAAUAAUAAUCAAUGAAACAAAAGCCAUCUGCAAAUGAAAAUCUUCUAUGUUUAAGGAUGAGUGAUUUGGGCAACUGUAGAGAACAACCCCAGUUGGGCAAUUAUGCAGAGGGUUUGCUUUCUAUUCAUUCUUUAGGAAGAAAUGUUGACAAUGGAAGAAUCUUUAGAGUUUUUGAAGAAGGAAGUGGCAGUAGUUGAGCAGGAGGAGACCAAAAUGAAGAGCAAGGAGGUUGAUAUUAAGCAUGAAGUGGAAAAAUAUGAGUCAGUUUUAAAAGAGAACCAACAGAAAGUUAAACACUGGCAGAAGGAGGUAUUGUUAUCUUAUCCAGGUUUCUAAAUUUAAUAGAUGUUUGUACACACUCACAUAUACACAAAAGCAGGAAUUCAUAGACAUCCUUGGAUAAAUUAGUCUCUUAUUUUGAUCUGCAGGUGAUUUUGUUGCUGUUGUCUUUUUUCAGUUGAGUAGGUUGACACUUGUAUCAGCGAGUGUCAUUGCUGAAGCUGAGGCAGAUGAGGGUCUUCCAACUCUAUCACGUGGUGAACUUGAAGGGAUUGAUAAGGAAACUGUUAUGGUAGAGUAAAACACAUUUUGCAAACAUGUAUUUUAUGUAUCUUUUCCUAUCUUUUUCCCAUCAGCUGUCUAUCCCACAUUCAACUUUUAGUCAAUCUAUUUGGGCCUUUUUGGAACAUCUUUGAAUAGUGUCUUGCCAUUGAUUUAUUUUUGAUGUAUAUAUUUAUUUACUUGUUUAUCUAAUUAUCUAUUGAUUUAUUCUUCCAGUAUGAGAUCACUGUUUUGGAGGAGAAAUUGAAACAAAUGAAGCCCAACAUAGCAGCCAUUGCAGAGUAUCGCAAAAAGGUAUUUUAAGGAAAGUUAUUUGGUAAACUUUCAUUUAUUAAUGCAAAGGUUUUAAAGUUUACAUUUAUUGUUCAUUUAAAAUCUUCUGGGUAUGCUGGGCCCCACAUUCAUUUGUAAUUGAUGUGCAAUUUUUCAAAGGGUGUUCGCAAGAAACUUGUAAGAUACAUGUGCAAACUCAGCCAUGUUAUUAUUACAGAUGACUGCAACCUCUGAGAUAAUAACAUACUAAUGAGCCUGCAAAGCACAAACUUUUCAUGAAAACUCUACAGUGAAGUGAUCUUUUAUUUUAGAUUUGUGCAUGUACAAUAUUUCUCCUACAGGAAGAAGCAUACCUGGAUCGAGUUAAGGAUCUUGAUGAGGUGACGGUACAACGUGACCAUAAAAGGAAAGAACAUGAUGCUAUGCGUAAACAGCGUCUUGAUGAGUUCAUGGCUGGAUUUUCUGUCAUUACUACCAAGCUGAAAGAAAUGUAUCAGGUUAGAUAAUUAUCUACAUGUUUGACUUUCAGUGCUUUCAACAAGACUCAGUAGUGAAUUGGUGGGUAUAAUUUGCCACGUUCAAGUCUAAUUCUCAGAACAAAAAAAUAGAUUAUAUAACAAAGAAAAUAAUAGUUAAUUGAGUAUUGAAGUAUUCAUUUUAUUUAUUUUUUAAAUUCCAUGGUCUUUUAUUAUUAGAUUCAUUCUUUCACUGGCAGUUUUCUUUACCUGAUUUUUUUUUGUUCUACAUAAAUUCAUUAUGCGCAAAGUACACAUUGUCAGAUAUUUAAAUUAAUAUUCGAGCAACUCUAUGCUGAACUAAGAUCGUCAAAUAUUUUUGGACAAACAAAACAAUAGUUCCUUUAAGCUGCUGGUUAGAAAACAAGCUUAAAAAUCAAAAUUGUCAAAAUAGCAUACUUGUCAAUAACACACAUAAACCAAAUUUGGAAUGGUUUUGCAAAGAUGUUUUAAAAGUUUGCAUCAAAAAUACUAACCCAAGGCUUAACUACAAAGAGAGGAACAAAAACAGCCAAUGAACACCUAGCAUCUAACCUUUGAUUAACAAUUCAAAGCUGCAUUUGUGGUUACUGGUUAGCCAGAACAUGAGUAAGUGACUUUACACUUUUUUCGUAGAGCAAGCAGCUGCAAUUGUUUACAACUGAUAUGAAACAUGAGCCUUGGGAAAAGUUAGAAUUUAUUGGCUAAUUGAUUUAACUCUAUAAUCUUAUGUAAACAUUUGCAGCUGAGUGUGUCAAUACUUCUACAGACAAGAAUAAUCCUGGGGUUUUUCCAAUGAAUAAAACUUGCAGAAUUCACUGCUGCAUAUCUUUUUAUUUCACUCAGUAACUUGCAAUCACAAGAAAGUGCACUCUGUCUUUUGAGGCAGGAGACUGAGAAGUUUGUUCCCAAUUGCAAGCAGAAGGAAAAUCUGUUAACAAAGAUCAUGGCUUUACAAAGUAAAUCAAAAAGUGAUGUACGAAUGAAAAACAAUAGGAUCUGGCUUGGCCAGGCAACAAAAGGCUUGGAUGGUCGCAUCAAAAUUUGAUAACAUAUGGUAACCGGUCAUUUCGCACAAGUCUUUUAGCACAAGUUUUGGACCGUUCGCACAAUUCUUAGUGGUCAUUUCGCACAAUAAUCAUAAGUGAGAAACAUCAAUAUAAAAGGUAUACUGAUUGAUACUGAUAAGUCAUUUCACCGUCACAUGAUCCAACGGCGAGAACGUAGACAUUUAUUUACGUAAUAACUUCAACUAGAUCAAAAUGCUCGUGAACACGAUUACUAUUCUUUCUUGAAGAAAGGAAAGGUAUAAGUCUCUCUCUCCAUGAAAAUGGAAAGAACUCCCGGUAAAAUUUCCGCACAGCCCCAUACUAUUGUCAAACAAAUCUGUUUUCCCUAUGGCAAUGUAUUGUUUUUGUCAUUGUUUUCUCUGUCCAAGAACUGAAUGCAUAAUGUAGUAUGGGGCUGUGCGGAAAUUUUACCGAACUCCCUAUUCGAACGACUACUUCUAUAACGUUUUCUUUGUCGAACGAAAAACCUUUUAGUUUUGACAGUAUCAUCCACUAUAAAGUUAACAUGCAAACAUGACGACCCACGCUAAGGACACCGUGUUGAUUUCGAAAGUAAUUGUCACCAGUCUUCCCUCCUUGUUCGGUCGUCUUCAAAUAGUAUGUUUUAUCGAUCUGUAAGAGUUUCAAAUAAAGCUAUUGAAACUUGCUUCUCAUAUCUUCGUUGUAUAAUAAAAAUUAGGCAUACUGGUAAUACAGCAAAAACAGUUCAACGUUGAUAACUCGAUAUUCAGAGAGUGAUUCACAUCGAAUGUCGGCACGUGCAAGUGUUGUGAUUUGACAACUUGUAGGUAGUAAAUAGUGAUCUUGUAUAAAGACAAGUUCGAUCUGUAAUCAUUUUAAAGAUCGAGAAGUUUAAUACAUCUAUCAAGUUGUAACCUUUCAAAUUAUUCUAAUAACAAUUACCUAAGCGAUGGAGAGUUCAGUAUCGAUCGAUAAGCGUUAUAGCGACCGUGAUGUAAACAAAUGAUUUCACGAAAGUUUCAAGAAUUCAAAAUAAUUUAAAGAUUGUACGCUAGCCAUUCGAUAAGUAAUCAUACAAGCUUAAGAUCAAAACAAAUAAAGAAAUUUAGAAGUACUAUAGCUUAAAUGAAUGCAGGAAAGGGCUAAAUUUCUAUGAGUCUUGACCGAGUAGCGAGUUAAAAUUUGCAUGAUUCGUCGGGUAACGUGGCCGUGAACUUGAAUUUUAUAUAUUAACACAGAAAUUUUGUAAAUAGGUCUUUUCUCUUUUUAAAUAAAAGUGAAACAGUUUGCAGGUUUUUACUUUGACUUCAGAGGAGGGAGGAUUGGUGACAAUUACUUUCGAAAUCAACAUGGCGUCCUUAGAGUUGGGUCGUCAUGUUCGUUUGUUUGUAGUGGAUGAUGUACUGUCAAAACUAAAAGGUUUUUCGUUUAACAAAGGAAAAGUAAAAGAAUUGUGCGAACGUUCCAAAACUUGUGCUAAAAGACUUGUGCGAAAAGUCUUUUGUGCGAAAUGUCCUGUAUUCUAACAUAUACACAUGGAAAUUUGAUACACACAGGAUACUGUCUUGUAUUGGUUUUGUAGACCGCCUGUUGAAAGUGUUUAGUACUAUACAAUGUUGGUUAGUUAACAUUAUUCUGGAUCUUUUUAUGACUUUUUGGAAGCUUUCAAGCAAACUCAGGAAGUGAGACCUGUAACAUCUUGAGAUCUUCAAGGGUUUUUAUGUUAUAAACAAGUUUUGAUGAAGGGCUAACACUCAAAACAUCAGCUUUAACACCCUUAAUGGUUGUCAAUUUAAAUUAUCAAUUCAGUUGAUAAUAACAAAUUACCAUGUUGACUCUCUCAUCAGUGCAGCACCACAGUUUGUCUAGAAAGUUACCCCCUUUAUCCAUUUGAAGCUAGUUAAAUCUGAAUGGAAAUAAUGGGCUACCAAGAGAGAAAUUGUUUUCCAUAUUAUUCUUUAGCAGUUGCUUUAACAAGGUAGCCAUCUACUUUAAGUCUUAUUGAAACCACUGACUUUGUUUUACUACAAUUGGCCUAUCAGUGAAGUGAAUGUUGAAUGGAACAGCAGCAACUAAAAUUUGUAAUAAUGUUUAGGUCUUAGAAUUAACUUAUCUCUGUUUCAUGACAGUGCUAACUACAAUUCCUACAUGCUAACUGUUUGUUUCCUUUUUUCAGUUAUUUUGUUUGUUUGUUAUCUGAUGGGGAAAAGGGAAAAAAAUCUUUUAGGAGUGAUAAAAGCUUUAGGAGUGAUACAAACUAAAUGCAGUCAGUAAAAUGGUUACAUCAACUUUGAAUGACUGUUAUUGAAGGUUUUGUUUGGACUGAAGACCUUGCCUAUAGUUGUUGAUUUCUUUACUAGAUGAUUACUCUCGGUGGUGAUGCUGAAUUGGAGUUGGUUGACAGCCUUGAUCCCUUCUCUGAAGGAAUUGUAUUCAGGUACAUGGUCAUGAAAAUAUAAUACUGUAUUACUUUAUUUCAUUUCUAUAGUGUUAUGUCCAAUUGCAUUGCCUGAGAUAGUUAUCUCAUCAAAAAGGCUUCCUUAUAAAUUGAAGGAGUGUGGUGCAAAUGGAGGUUAUUUACAAGUGUCUUAAAUUCUGUCACAAAAAGGGAAUGAUUAACAGGUGUUAUUAAACUGUGGAUAAGCUGACCAUGGAACCAUUAUUUUUUGUUCAAAAAAUAAUGAUAAAGUAAAACAAAAAGUAAAAAUACCUGAACACUGUUUUUGAAAUUUAGUUUCCAGGUAUAAAGAAGAUAACUUUCAAAGAGUAAUGUGUUUUCUUUUUUUUUUUUUUUUUUUAAUCUGCCUUGACAUCCCACCACAGUUAAAGUUGGACAUCAAGGACAAUUGCAACAUGUGUCUCUUUAAAAGUAAUCUCCUUUCUGCCCACAAAGGAACUUUCAAAUAGUAUCAGGGUACUUUUUGUUUUUAUGACUACUGCUUACUAUUGGAGGCAAAGCCAUUAUGUUGUCCUGUUGAGUGAGUGAGUGAGUGUAACAAGAGAAUACAAGCAACCUCUUCACCCACAACAAAGUCUGCAAAGUUUUGCCCAAUAUUCCUUGUUCUUGGCUUUUGCUUGUUUUAGAACAUCUUUGGUUGUUCAACACUUGGUGGCAAUCUCUUGGAAUUGCUUUUAAUUUUGCUCAGAAUUAGCAUGUGAUCACAAUGUUUCCUGGGACCACUCAUUGUUUUGUUUCCAAGGACAACAGAAAAUGUAAACAUCUUACAAUCAUUUCAAAAUGGCAUGUAAAAAAAACACUUUACCUUGUAAAGGUGUGAUUGGCACAUCAUGAAAACUUAGAGAAAAAAUAUUUUGUUUGAAGAGAAAGCAUUUCACCAUUUGAAUCAGCAAAUUAUGCUCAGUGGAUCCAAAGUUAUAAUUACAAAAGAUGAUAAAGAUCUCAAAAUAAUUUCACUGUAGUGUCUCCUCCAGGUAAUUGAACACAAGACUUUUGCUUGCAGAAAUAUCUAAAAGUUCUGAUCGGCACAUCAUGAAAACUUUGAAGAAAAAUGUUAUUUACUCAAAGAUGGAGACUUUUACCAUUUCUAUCAGCAACUAAUAGCCAAAAGAUCUAGUAAAUUUGGAAUGAGUAAGGUCCAAAUUAAGAUACCUUGAGGUUUUACAGGGUUACAUUACUCAAUGGAAUUUUGGGAGGGUGGAAUGGCAGAAUAUACUAUUUUUGUCAUUAUUAUCAUUAUUAUUAUUAUUAUUAUCAAUAUGAUUAUUUGUUACUAUAUAAUCAUUGGUUGUGUGUCAAUUAUUUACUAUAUUCUUGAAUAAUCUUUCUCUUGUGGAACAGGGUACUCAUAAAUAUGUAGGAUGCAGCAGGUUUUUUGUUUUGCAUUUGAGACAAAUCUUCUGCAACACUACCUUCCAGCUAAUUGUGUAACCUUAAGUUUUCAGUGCCACAAAAAUUGUGCUAUAUCAGUUGCCAUAUGCAGUCUUAAGCUGUCUAGUUUUAUUUUAUUUCAUUACUUUUCUAUCAAAAAAAAUAUGGGUUGCACAGGUUGUGCAAUCUGCUGAUCCACAGUUUAGUAACACCUAUGACUGACCUAAUGUGGUUGUUUGCUAGUUAUGAUUAAUUUGGAAAAAAUUGUAUCUGUGCAUAACGAUUCAAGAUUUUGAGUAGAAUUGAAGUGUUUUAAUUUGUCUCAUGAAAUAGUCACUUCUCGUGUUGAUUUGAUUUGAUAUUUCAACUGCAUCCUGCUGUUCUUCAAGUAGUGCCAUCAUUUGGCUAUGUGUUAUCCCCUGAAAUAUUAUACUCAGUGGUGAUUGGCUGGUUUUCAGCAUCUUCAGUUGGUGCAAUUUGAAGAUGUUUCCCAUAUUGCACUGUUGUUAUAGUGAGUCUUGAUGGUGGGCAUUUGUGCUUCUACAAUUUAUUUUCCACUCUCCCUUAAUAUUGUCUGGAGAAAUCUUUUGUGUAUCACCUCUUUACCCAGCAUCAGUGAUAUUCACCUCACAGCAGGAAAAAUAUUUGCAGUGUGCAGACGGAACACCAUAAUCCACAUUGAAAGUGUCUACAUCAUGAGGCAAUUGAUAAUACUUCAUUUACUAGUGUUAUCACUAUGAUGAAUCACCAUAAACUUUGUUAUGAGUGUUUCAAUGUCUGAAAUGGAACCUGUACAUAAAUAAUAAUACUAAUGAUACUAAGGAUAAUAAUAAUAGUAUUAAUAACACAGAGGAUAAAGGUAAUUACCUUAUCAAAAAAAAUCAAAAUAAGUGAAUUUAUGCAACUUUUCAGUAGUGUGUUUAGGACAGAAUUGAAAAGUGUUAGACAAGUAGUGUCAAGAUGUUCUAUUGAAUAAGGUGAUAUAAAAAAGAAUGCCCAAUUACUAACAGUAGCCACCCUUUGUUGGCCAGCAGUGCAUAACUUACAGUUACAAGUAUCAUCUUUGUAGUAAUGCUGAGGGAUUCUGAACAAGGUUUCCCACUCCUUCCCCAGGCAGUUACCAAUUUUCAGUGACUUGCUUGCUCCUCUGUAAACCUCCACUGACAUAGGGCCUGACAAAAGUUAUCUUAUUCACUGGAAACAUUAAUUUGCUUUGAGAGUUCUAACAGAGAUUGCACAAAAUGUCAUUUGUCAAGGUUGUUUGAGGAACAUGUUGUAGAAAUAAUGGUGUUAUUUUCUAGUGUGAGGCCACCAAAGAAGAGCUGGAAGAAUAUCUCUAAUCUGUCUGGUGGAGAGAAGACUCUGAGUUCACUGGCUCUGGUAUGAGCACAUAUUUGGUUCUAGCAAUUAGUAUAUUUUGUAACGAUUCUACAAAGUUAUUGCAUUUUCAGUUGGAGAACAGCAGAGUUGGAAUCCAAAUUGAAAUCUUUAAGCAACCACCUAUCACAGAUUACUGCAACCACAUCUGUUGUUAACCACCCUUAAACACCCACUUUACUUUAUGCUACUACUCAUGUAGGCCAUGGGUUUGAAAGGAACUUUAUUUAAUAUAGAAUUAUGUUUGCUUGUUACUAGUUACUCAGGACCUAUUCAUAUUUCUGACACUGAAGAGAAUGUGCUUCCUUUGCUUUGACUUCUGCAAAUGGUUAGACAUUCUUUUCUGCUCAGAUGAAGAUGAUAAACCAUAAGCCCUGUCCUCUGUGUACUGGUCAGCAGGGGAUGUCAAAGCACUCAUGCACUUCUUGCAAGAGUAGGGAACAUAGUUCCUGGUGUUCUACUCUGGCCUUGAUUCCCAAAUUGAGGGCACUUGAAUGGUUUCCAUUUAAAGCAUUGUAAACUACUCAAUGUAGUUUUGAAUACUAGAAGGACAAUGAAAACUAAUGUACUGUGCUGUUCACUGCUGGGAAAUUUUUAAUUAGAACCCGAGAUAACAGUCGUCUGAGGUUGAAAAUUUGAGACCCCACCCAAGCUUGUUUUGUCAUGAUUGCUCACUCACCUACAGAAGUUUAAAGUGCCUGUGUGGAAAUAUGGGACGAGACUGUAAUUCAGGAUAAUUUGAUAUUUUCUUUUUCUUGUGGGCUUUUUAGGUAUUUGCUCUUCAUCAUUACAAGCCAACACCCCUUUAUGUGAUGGAUGAAAUUGAUGCAGCCCUUGACUUCAGAAAUGUUUCAAUUGUUGCAAAUUAUAUCAAGGUCAGUAAAGUAAAUUAAUUCCAGUGCAUUUAGUUUUAGCAGUAUUUCAGGAUUGCAAUCUCUGAAACUUUUCUAAGUUUACACCAUCUUUGUUUGUGAAUACUCUAUAUUGUAUUGAGAAAAUUUCAAACCUCUUACAGUUAUAUUAAAUUCCCCCUGAUAUUUUUUCCACACAAGCAUUUAACUACAUAUUUUAGACUUUCUAGUCAUACCCUAUAUUCCCACUUCACCCAAACCAUUACAAAAUCUUUUCCCCCUAACCAUAUCACAAGGUUUUCUGCUAUGUUUUGAAACAGUAUCAGAUGAUCUUGAAGACUGUUUCAGAACUUCGCUAAAUGGUGGGCUACAACAACUGUACCAAACUUCUUGUACUCAAGCAGUGUCAUACAUCAUAUCUGCAUAAUAGUGGUGCUGACCAUUUUUAAUACUCAUGGUUAGAAAUUAUUGACCCCUGCACCACCCCUAAAAAUUAUUGACUGAUUUGUGUUUAUUGUCUUUGCUCUUUGUUUUAGGAGAGGACAAAAAAUGCUCAGUUUAUAAUAAUCAGCCUGCGAAACAAUAUGUUUGAGUUGGCUGAUCGUUUAAUUGGUAUAUUUAAAACUGAUAAUUGUACAAAGAGUGUCGCAAUCAAUCCACAACUAAUAGCAUCUGAAGCCUGAUAUUGCUACUGCAUGAUGGUAUGUUCAUACAGCUGCAUCAAUCGAUGAAGCAAGUUAGAAAGUGGUUGAUCCUAGGUAUCUGGGAAGUAUGUCCAAAUCAAGCUAUGAAUGUAGUGACUAGGGCAAUAAGUGUAAAAGUUUCAGUAGCUAAGUUGUUUUUUUCACAGUUUUCUGAAUUUGUAUUAGUGAAAGGUUGGUGUGUGUAUAGCUGUAAUAGAAGUAGUUACAAACAUAUGUUAAUAGAAAUAAACUACACAUAAUAACCAAACAUCCAAGGUUACAGAUAAGUAUUUUAAAUCACGAGAGAUAAGAAAUUCAAAACUACUAUUUAGUAGUGCACUUUGGAAAGCCAAAUGCAGGGGCACACAUGCAGUUAAUGUAAGCAUGCCCAUUCAAUCUUUGUUUCUAGUAUUGAGGGUUUACAUACAACCUACCAAUGCCUUUGUUUUAAGUUUUAAGUUAGUGUUGGUAAUUGCUGUUAUUAAUGAUCCACUAGUUUACUGAACAGUAACAUUAAAAGAACACAGUCUACAAAGAGAUUGCAUCAUUAUUUAUUAAUAGGUAAGUCCAUUUACAUGAUGGCUUCAUUAUGCACAGUCAACAGAGUUCAGCACACAUUCCUCCACUUUGAUUAUGGGGGAAAAAAACCGUUACACAUUUCUAUAUGUAUUAAAGUCCCUUAUUUACACUCAACAAACAUCAGGUCCACUGAAGUACAACUGCACUGUUAAUUCAAAUAUUUGAAUAAAGGAGCCUGUUUUGUAGCACCUGCGUCAUAAAUAAAUUAAUCUGAUGGAAACUACCAUCCAACCUGGAACAACAGCAAUUAUUCAAAGUAUUGUCUACUGGAAAGUAAUCUUUGCAAAAGUUAGUUUGAGCCAAACUAAAAGUUAAUUGGAACCAAACCCCAGUAUAUGCAUUAAGUCCUCUUCCAC